GUUACGAAACCUGCAGUUAGUGGGCGUGGUCACUGCCGGCUCACAGCGGAGGUCGUAGUGUGUAUCCCAGGUCUCGGUGUGAUGUCAUAGAGAUUACGUCACGGUGGAAGUGUUGGAGCCGUCACACAGUCGCCGUUUCGCCGCCUGUCCUCCCGGAUGGCGCACCGUUGCCUGCUCCUGUCCGGGGCCGGGCGAGCCUUCACCGCAGCCCUAACCCCACUGCUGAAUAACAGUGCAGCCCGCCAGGCAGGGGCCUGCUGUGUGAGGAGGGUAAGUCACCUUCUGAUGGCUGUAGCAGGGGCAGCCAUGAUCGGCAGCACGGUGGCCGAACGGUGGGUAGACCAGGAGCCUUUAUAACUCCUACAACACAUGGCCAGCAUUAAAGGCAGACCCACAGCUAUUAAACUGCAAAUCCAAUGAUGCUUUGCCAGCUUUUACAUUAAAGGACCGCUGUAGGCACCCAGACCACUUCAGCUCAAUGAAGUGCUCUGGGUGCCAGGUCCAGCUGGUUUCAGAGAAACUGCUAUGUUUACCUCUGAGGUUUAGCCAGCCUCUAGUGGCUGGCUUCUGGACAGCCACUAGAGGUGCAUCUGUGACGCUGGAGGCACAUUGCGCGUCUAUAGGAAAGCAUUGAGAAAUGCUUUCCUAUGGACACUUUGACUGCGUGCGCCGCACUUGCCGCGCAUGCGCAUUCAGCCCCACUGACAUGAGACGGGGAGGAGAGGUCACCUCUCUUGCCGCGCAUGUGGCGGAUGACGUCGGAAAAGGGAGGAGAGUCCCCAGCGCUGGAGAAAGGUAAGCGUUUAACCCCUUCCUCCCCCUAGAGCCCGGCAGGUUUGGGGGGGUGGGGGGGGAGGGACUUAUUAACACUAUAGUGCCAGGAAAACUAGUUUGUUUUCCUGACACUAUAGUGGUCCUUUAACAGAGUAUGAUGGGCAUUGUAGUUAUAUAACACCAGGGGCUUUCCCCUUUCUUCACCAGCCUUCAUCUGGAAUUACAGGGCUCUUCACUGAUCUGUGGUUACCCACAUGUAUAGUUGGCCAGUGAGGGUGCUCUGCGAUGGGUGUUGUCUGGGCUAGUGGGGGUGCUCUGCAAUGGGUGCUGUCUGGGCCAGUGAGGGUGCUCUGCGAUGGGUGCUGUCUGGGCUAGUGGGGGUGCUCUGCGAUGGGUGCUGUCUGGGCCAGUGAGGGUGCUCUGCGAUGGGUGCUGUCUGGGCCAGUGAGGGUGCUCUGCGAUGGGUGCUGUCUGGGCUAGUGAGGGUGCUCUGCAGUGGGUGCUGUCUGGGCCAGUGAGGGUGCUCUGCAGUGGGUGCUGUCUGGGCCGGUGAGGGUGCCCUGCAAUGGGUGCGCACCAUAACAGCAAUGCAAAAAAAACCAAACAACCCUAUAAUACACGUAAACGAAAGGGUAAAUAAUAAAAUACGCUAAAAUACACUUUUACCUUAAAUAAUCCAUAUUAUUAUUUAGUGGUGUCCUAUAGGUAAAGGUGAGUUUCAUAAUAAAUGCUGAAAUGCAUCAUAGUUGUCACGUGUACACUCACUGUCGCAAAUAUACUAAUGAGAGGUGGUGGACACGAAAUCUCUGCAAGGUUUAUAUGCAUAAAUGUAGAGGGAUGACUUUUUUUUCUUCGGUGCUGGGUUUUACAUUUGGUUGUCAUCUGUAAUACCAACAUAGUAUGUUGGUAUUGCACUCGUAAUACCAAUUUUAAGGUGUGGCACGUCAUCAUUGUGUUACGGCAAAGCAAUCAAAGCAUUAUAAUCAUUGACAAUAAAGAGACACUUUUUCAUGUAAGAGAUUUUGUUUGGGUAUAAAAAUGGUGUAUUCAUUGUAUUUGCAAGCUUGACAUAUGAUUGCAGAUCUCUUCUCUCAGUAUUGUACACAACCCAAUGGCUAACUAGAAGUUAGCAAACUAUUUGUUAUGCUAUGCUUUUUUUCCUCUUCAAUUCUGAGAUAAAAAAAAAAAAAGACAGACAUAGACUGCUUAGUUGUCCUGGCAUGGCUUGAGCUUCCCUUUGAAAUUAAUUUAGUCACUGUGGCGCCAUAUGCACCAUAAACUUGUGUAUGGUACUAUGGAAUGAAUGCCUGAACGCACAUGCAUUUAUAUGGCAUGUAUCUCCAGGUGACUGACACAGCCUGCAUGGAAAAAACAUGGUUUCAUUUUCAGUCAGAUGUUACAUUGAAAGUUAUCAUCUCCUGUUCUGUAAAUUGAACUUUCAUUACAUACAGGGGGCUCUUGCAGGUUCUAGCAAGCUAUUAGCAGAGCAGGAGAUAAGAAAUUCUAAAUUAAACAGAAUCUGCAAUAAAGAAAUUAUAGACAUUAGAUUAUUCUUUACAGUAAGUGUUUAGGAAGGCCACGCACAGGGAGGUGUGACUAGGGCUGCAUAAACAAAGUGAUUAACUACUAACUAGCACAGAAUUGAGCAGUGAGACUGCAGGGGCAUGAUCUAUACACCAAAAAUACUUCAUUAAGCUAAGUUGUUUUGGUGACUAUAACGUCCCUUUAAAGGUGAAUUCCAAAGAGCAACACAACUUUUAUGUAAGUUACCACUUUAAGACUUCAUAUUUAGCUGUAAUAUUUUUUUUUUUUUUUGCUUGUUUGAUUUUGUAUAUAUAUUUUGCAAUGAAUAAAUAUUUAGCAGCAUCCUGUUUCUCCCAUUUUAAAACAUUUCUUGCUGGUUUCUGUAUUUGGUAUAUGAGGCAACAGCUGUACCCACUUUCUGUCCAUCCUUCCUGACCAGUGUUUCUCCAAUAACACAGUUAUCCGUGUCAUCAGGAAGCACAGCAGUGGCUUCACCCUUGCUCUGAGCAGGACUGUAACUUUGAAAUCUUAGAGUCAGAAUCACAAGCAGUUUCUUAUUGCCAGGUUUAUUGAUGAUGAAAAAGACAAAGCCUCAUAUGCAUCUUCAAUUAUAUGGCUGUCUGCAUGGUUUUAUGGGAUUGCAGAAUUUUACAGUAUAUGUGCGGUGUGCUUUGCCUUUCUUAAAUGACAUGCAUUCCUAAAUAAUAAAAAGGAAGUAAUUUGUCAUGAAUUAUUUGCCAGUGUACAGUAUAUGCUGGCAUAGUUUAUUAUAAUCCAUUGUUAAAGCGGUGCGGUCAUUAUGCAGGUUUUGGGUUUAAAUGCGUUGUUUUUGUCCUUCUAUUUACCUUGAUUUUUUUUUUUCAGUUCAAUUUGUUAGUUCUACCUGAGAAAAUGUAAAUACUACUGUUUAUGUAAAUUGUGCUUUAUUUAUUUUUUCCUUUUUUUAAAUUGCAUUAGGCAAACCAUUAAACAAGAAAGUUCAGAGCAAUUUCAGCAGGCAAGUUAGGUUGAGCUUCAGCUUGCCAGAUAACAAUAGAAUCCACUAUGGCUGCUUGGCCAGAAAAAGUAAAAUUUAAAGACAAAUCUAAGUACAUACGUUAAAAAAAAAACUUUAUUCUGUUUUAUCAGAUGUAGUAAACGAUAGAAUAAUAAAUAAGAAGUGAAAAUUUGAUAGCAGUUGUCCUUUAAAGAAAAAAAAAUAUAUAUUUUUAAAUGAAGUGUGUGUGUGUGUGUGUGUGUGUGUGUAUAUAUAUAUAUAUAUAUAUAUAUAUAUAUAUAUAUAUAUAUAUACACACAUUACUAACUUUAGUAUAUGAAAGAAUCCUCUAGUGAUAUGCAUGCACCAUAGGUCCAACAGUGUUUGAAAACCUGCAGUACUAGAGAGACUAAAUAUAUUGAUAUUGAGAUUCAGCACAAGGAAGACAUAAGACAUAAAAUUUCAAGGGCUGUGGGUAGUAUCAACCCUUGACCAUACAUGACCACUACAGACCGCUGUACCCCAUGGCUAGUUACUAUCCUCUUUCCCCUUUCUGUUUAGCAUGGCUUUGAAGUAAUAUACUGAUAAUAAGAGACCAGUAAUUGGAUGCGAGUGAGCGCCAUAUCAUCAGCUCACACAUGUAUAUUGGUUAAGGUACACUGUGCACCUUCAGAUCAGGAAGACAAAUUGUGAAAAGGGGAGGAUGGGCUAACAAGGUGAGUUAUGCUGCAGAUAGCCGCAAAAACUGGAAAAUUUAUUCAAAUUUACUGUUAUUGUUUUCUGGUAAUAUACCAUGGCAGCACAACAAUGACUACAACUCCUCCCAAAUCAAAAUGUACAGGAACACCUACUAAUUAACCCUUUAAGGACGGAGCCAAAUGUACACGUUGUGAACAAAACAAAAUGUAAACAAAACCCGGCAUUUGUGCUACAUGUCUGGCCAAAGUUAGCGUUAGUAUUUGUUUGUGUGUGAAAAAUGCAAAAAAACGCCAAUUUUGGCCAGUGUUUGUGACUAAGUGGCUACUAAAAAAGACUGGACAUACCCCGUUUGCAAUACCUUGGGUUGUCUACUAUUGCAAAUGGUAUGCCAUCAUAGGGGUAAUUUUCAAUCUUGGGCUACCAUAGGGUCUCAAAGGCAACCUAACCAAUCUGGUGAAUUUUAAUGUGAAAAAAAUGAAACGCAAGCCUUAUAGUUGACGCUGUAACUUUUGAAAAUACCAUAAAACCUGUACAUGAGGGGUACUGUUGUACUUGGGAGACUUCGCUGAACACAAAUAUUUGUGUUUCAAAACAGUAAAAAGUAUCGCAUCAAUAAUAUCGUCCGUGUAAGUGCUGUUUGUGCGUGAAAAAAUGCAAAAAACGUCACUUUUACUGGCAAUAUCAUCGUUGUAAUAUAUUUACUGUUUUGAAACACUAAUAUUUGUGUUCAGCGAAGUCUCCCGAGUAGAACAGUACCCCCCAUGUACAGGUUUUAUGAUUUCUUGGAAAGUUAUAGGGUUAAAUAUUGUGCUAGCAAAUUAAAUUCCCUUUACUCUGGCAUGGGUUGUCAGGCAGAUCCCGCUAAUUGUAAUUAAUUAAGAUACCUAAUUAUGUAAAAAUAUUACAUAAAUAUAUAUGUAGAAUUAAUAUAUGUAUGUGUGUAUAUAUAUAUAUAUAUAUAUAUAUAUAUAUUCUAUAUAAUUUUUUUUAAAUAUUUUUAUUUAUAUAUAGGUGUGUGUAUGUAUGUAUAUAUAUAUAUAUAUAUAUAUAUAUAUAUAUAUAUAUAUAGUGAUAUAUACGUAUAUAUGUAUGUAUAUAGAUAUAUUAAUUUCACAAUACAGUUAGAACGAAAUAACACACAUUUUUUUAUUUUUUUAUUUUUUUUUAAUUUAACGUAUUUACAUAUUUUUUUUAUAUUAUAUAUAAAUAUAUAUAUAACAAUAAUUAUAUAUAUAUUUAAUCAGUAUCAGUCUACGUGUAAUUUGAUAUUAAUAUAUAUAUAUAAUAUAUAUAUAUAUAUAUAUUAAUAGUAAAAUACACCUAGACAGUGUACGUGUGUAUUAUUAUUAUUAUUAUUAUUAUUUUUAAACUUUUUAAUUUAUUUUUAUUUUCAGCCAGCAGGGGGACCACCUGUCAUUACAGGCAGCCCCCCUGCUGGCAAUGCAGGAGGCAGCUAUCCCCGGCCAUGUGAUUGUGAGGUCCUCGCAAGGACCCCACUCUCACAUGGCCGGGGGGCUUCCUGGACGUCGGACGUGCAGCGGGGGGCUCCCUGGGAGUCCCCCCAACCGCGAUCGCCGGCAACCGGGUAAGUAGGAAAAGACUGGAGGGCGUACUAUUACGCCCGGCGGCGUUUAGAGCCACUUAGAAUAGGGCGUAAUAGUACGCCCUCCAGUCUUAAGGGGUUAAAUAAAAGGUACACCCCAAACCCCCUGCCCACAGUCUAGUAAAAAGCUAGCAAUUUCAAAUGAUAGUGGGUGUGUAGUAUUGACAUGGAAAAAAACAUGUCCUGCACUAAACUCCCACUACUCUUGGGCGGCAGCAACAACCAUAGUACACAUCAGCCCCAAUACAUACAGUAAAAACCAAAGACAAAAGUUACCUGCACUCUCACCUAAAUCCCUAUGUAUAUUUAAAGGAUCACUAUAGGGUCAGGAACACAAACAUGUACUCCUGACCCUAUAGUGUUAAAACCACCAUCUAGCCCCCCUGUGCCCCCUCAUGCCUCCAUAAAUAGAGUAAAAAUCUUACUGUAUUCAAGCCUGAAGCUGUACAUCUGCAUGUUAGACUCAGAAAAACAAGCAGUCUACUGACAUCAUCAGAAGUGGUAGCCUGCUCCAAUCACAAUGCUUCCCCAUAUGAUUGGCUGAGACUGACAAGGAGGCAGACCAGGGCCAGAGCCAGCAUGAUUCAAACACAGCCCUGGACAAUCAGCAUCUCCUCAUAGAGAUGAAUUGAAUCAAUGAAUCUCUAUGAGGAAAGUUCAGUGUCUGCAUGCAGAGGAAGGAGAUACUGAAUGUUUGGGUGCAUUUUAAGCAGCCAUGACCCAGGAAGGAUCUCUAACAGCUAUCUGAGGAGUGGCCAGUGAACUUAUCACUAGGCUGUAAUGUAAACACUGCAUUUUCUCUGAAAAGACAGUGUUUACAGCAAAAAGCCGGAAGGUAAUGAUUCUACUCACCAGAACAAAUUCAAUAAGCUCUAGUUGUUCUGGUGACUAUAAUAUCCCUUUAAAAAAUUGAGGUUAUUUAGUUACUCCAUUAGAGGGAAUGCCCAUCUGCCACGUCAAAGCAAACCCCUUAGGUGGGUCCUACACUGACUAUUCACCUUGGUUCCUUGAGCUUCUGGAAAAUAUAUAUUUAAGACAGAAAGGGGUAAUUUUUUUUUUUUUUAUAUAAACCCAUCCAUGCUUACUAACCCUUAAUAGGGAACACAUGGGGUGGGCGGGUGCAGGACAAAGCCUCUUCUCUCUAAAAAGAACAUGACAGCACCGCUUAGGUUUCAAAGUUGCAUCUGAACAACCAUAAAACUUCUGGAACAAUAUUCUUUGGACAGACAUGACCAAAGUGGAGAUGUUUGGCCAUAAUGCAUAGCACCACUUUUAGCGAAAACCAGACACGACAUAUCAGCACAAACACCUCAUACUGAGGGAGGGGAUUAGGGCUUGUUUUUCAGUCACAGGACCUGGGAACCUUGCAGUCAUUGAGUUGACCAAGAACGCCUCUGUAUGUCAAAGUAUUCUAGAGUCAAAUUUGAGGCCAUUUGAACGACAGCUAAAGCUUUGUCAAAAGUCAUGCAACAGGACAAUGAUCCCAAGCACACCAGCAAAUCUACAACCGAAUGGCCCGAAAAAGAAAAUGACCAGCGGUUAAGGCCACUUGGAGAAGUCUUCUUUAGAUAUAAAAAGUACAAAGAAAUGUUCCCUAAAGAUUUUGAGGGCCUAUGGAACAAGUGGCAGACCCCAAGUAGGGGAGCGAGAUUUUACCAAAUCUUUAGAACUGCUGUAAGUAUUUUGCAAAUAUCUUUAUCUAGGGUAUGUUUCUUCUCUAAGAGACCAGACAUUUAAGAGUUACUUAGAUUGUCUUUUAUCCCUACGUUCUAAAAUAUCUUUUUGCUAAAAGGAGAAAGGACAGGUUUCUGCUGGAGAGAGAUGGUAUCCACUGCUUGCAAUGGGUGUCCAUUGACUGAUUUAAAAAAAAAAAGAAACCUUAGACUUUUCCUCUCAGUUUCCAAACAAGUGCUAGGUUUGAAACAGAUAUGGAAGAGUUCCCAUGUCAUAAGGAGGUUAAAUUGCCAGCAUCCUGAGAAUGUGGAACCAAGGAUGUUGAGAAUAGGACCAGAUGGUUAGGACUGCCACUCUUUGUCUUUUAAUUUUCUUUAGGAGGGAAAAUAUGAGAGGGAAAGGAAGGAAUACGUAGCACACACUUAAAAGCCACACGCAGGUCAGGAUGUCCAUGCACUCGACCAAAGGACCACAGAAUUGAAAGAAAAAGCUCUGCACAUGAUGAUUUCAUGGAAGAUGACGUCAGGUCUAUCUGUGAUAUACCCAACCAGUCAUCAAGCAACUUUUCCUGGAGAGACACCAUUAUCUGGAUACAGCAUAAGAUAUGCUACCUGUUUGAAUUGACCUGGGAAAAAAUGACCAUAAGACCCUAAAGUUUCUUUAGCACCCAACACAUGAGAAGAUGGAUGACAUAAUCAGCUCUAAUGACCUCCUUGAUGAUUCAGAUAGGCCACAAUUGAAUUAUCAUCUAUUUUGACCUUUCAACUAUUUUUGGAAGAGACCAGGUUGGAAGCAGAGAAGUGCUUUGUAAAUUGACAUUUGUCCUUGUUCAGUCUGGUGGUAAAGAUGGUCCAAGGAAUUCUCUCCAAGAUUUAAACCAUUGAAGAGUUUUUCUUUGAUUUUCCACCAUUUUGGCUUUCUUUUCCAUUUCCUGAUUCAUGUUUUGAAAGAAGAAUUGGGCCAGGAAGGAUUUUUGAGGGAUUCACAAUCUCUGUUCUACUGAUCUUGUGAGACCUAUUGUGGAUAGAAGACUUGCCAACAGGCUCACAAAUUCUCUUUCAGGAACUGCUGAAAGAGGAUCUGAUGAACAUUUCUUUGGAGACAAAAACCUCUCUUUUUGUAACUAUCUCACUGACUGUUCUAUGGUAUUGAAUUGAACACACAAGUAAAUUUUCUGGGAUGGAAUCAGAUGACUCUUCUUGAAACUGAUGUUCCAGCCAUGAGCUUACAGAAUCUUCAUAACCUGUCUCGUUGUGUUUCCAUGGUUUGCAAAUUCUCUAUCAAAAUCAGGGUGUUAUAAUGGAAGAUAGAAAUCCCUAGAAAAUGAAUUUUUGCAACCAGGAAAACUAAAAUCUAGGAGAAAGUUCUCGAUGCCAUAUUUAGACAAAUCCAGAGGGCUCUGAAAUGUAACUGGGGCUGACCCACAAUACAUUUUAGCACAUUUUAAUAACUAUUGGUGAUUUAGGAAAUAUAAAUUGAUGUCUAUUGACUCCAUAAAAUCAUCUGGAGACAUUUUUAUGAUGGCGUUCAAGGAUUCUGUCUUAAAUUGUCUUACAGAUUCUGUAUUUAGCUUGUUAAGGUCUAGAAUUGAACACUAUUCCACUGAAACAUGUCUUCAAACCCUUUCUUCUAUAUGAAUUGGAUAGAAGACUUGUUCUCUCGGAAGAUUCAAAAUAAAGUUCAGUUUUUUUAGAUCCUAUGGAAUCUGUAUACAUAAAAGCAGAGUUAGAGGGACAGAAGAGAAUUCUAGAAAGUAUCCUUGUCAAAGAUUUUUUUAUAACCCAUGCAUCUUUUGUUAAAUAUUCCAGACCUCUUAGAACUGGGAAAAAAAACUUGCUUACUCUCUAAAAGCCAGGGCAGGGAUGUGGUGUGAAGGCCAUUCUUGUUACGGCCAACUCAAGAAUUGGAUACAGUUCCAUUCCAGAAAUGGUCUCCGAGGAAUUUCUUGCCAGAUCUGUAGUUCCUGUCAAAAAAAUAGGCUUAGUUCUGUUUCCUACGGGAAGAAAGCAUUUUGCAGCUCCUAAUGCUUUCAUGUAGAUGUUUUCUAAAGAAAAGGAAGGGGGACAAUGUUGUCGUUUUGGGAAGCCUGACUAUAUAGCUGCAUUCAUUUUUAUGCACUUGUUUCUCACAUUAAUAUAAUUUAUUGAGAAUUAAUUCCUUGUUGGUCUCGUGCAGAGGAAAAGGAGCACAUCUCAUUAGAACUUUUGCCAAGAAAGCUCCUCUUAGAUGGGUUCCUUGAGGUUCUUUCUCACAGUCUUAAUUAAACGCUUUACUCUCUUGUUUAAAGAACUGUAGAGAAUGAGGAGAGUUUUCAUGCAUGGAUGAAUCAUUGUCCUCUUUAAAUACUGGAGUAAUAUCACCACUGGAACUGGAAUCAUAAUAAAUCAGAAGUAAAGGAUCCAUGAUGUCUGACAAGUUCAUAAAUACAUUCUGGUACUGCUUCAUUGAAGAAGGAUAAUACAUAAAGGAGAUGUACUUGCUGUGCCUGCAGCUGCUUUUGAACUUGAGGAAUAUAAGCAAAUGCCCUCCAUGGCUCCAUUCUUUGAAGAGAGGGACAUGUCUAUUUCUUAUAAGAGUCUGACUUGUGAGGAGGCCUGGAAUGAACAGCCAAAAGUUAAAAAGUGGCUUACCUUUAACCUCUGCAAUGCAAUGUAUUUUGAGAAUGACUUGCAAAAUCCAUAGUUUACACCAGGCAACUGAAAUAAACAAAUUGAAAACAAAAUUCUAGAUAAAAAGCCAAAAUAAACCUUCAGUAAAUUAAUAAAGUACUUAUCUAAAUAAUUGUCUUUUUAAGAUUGCCAUUACACCAAAAACAAUCCCCUAUAAUCAGAAGCAAACAAAAUCUUUAAAUAGUGAAAGUUGAUAACAUUUGCACAAUUAAACACACGGCAAAAUAGGAAGAAAAAAAAGCAACAAACAGACUAAACUUGUGAAAUGUGGAUCCAAUAAUUUUCUCAGAACUCGAUGCAGAAAUGCCCAAGUACAUCCGUUUAUCAGCAUACAAUGCCCAAGGAAGGGUAAACCCAGACAUUUGUUUCUUGUUCAGUGAAUUUAAUACCUAAUUGAUUUAAGUUAUUGUAAUUACUAAAUGCCUAUUUAACCAUUGCCUUGGCUUAUUGCUCAAUUGAGUAUCUCUCGUCUGCCUUGUAGCGCAAAGUAAUCCAUCAGAUUACCUUGUUCAUCCUUGGCUAGAGACCUUGGUUCGUGUUUCUGACUACUCUUUCGGAAUGUCUCUAAGGGAACCUUUAGGGGAUUGCCAUUGGUAAAGUUUCAAUUCCUGGGUUUCCAUAUGGAGAGAGCCUGAAAAAGGAGCUGGAAAAAGGACGUGUUCCUUUAAUUAGGUAGCAUUCCUGUCCAUAUUGAAGUGGGAGGUGUUAAAUCCAUCCAAUUUUAUUUUAUUUAUUUAUUUUUUUAUAAAUUCUUUAUUUUGAAUUUUUCAGUAAUAUGGGGGUUAGGGUACAGAAAAGAAAACUUGGGAGCAAGGAUAAUUUCACAGAGACCAUGAGUCGCAUUAGUGUGUUACAAAACAGUCAUAAAGAAGAGGUAAUUACAUAGCAGUUUGUUCCGUAACUGUUGCGGUCCUUCGUUGUUGCUGUAAGACUCUGGUCCCGUUUCCGAGAGAGGGUUCUGAAGUUUAUUUGUAGAGGGGUAUAACAUUGUGUUGCAAUAUAUUAUAUUGUAACAGCUAUAACAAGAUUAUUUUUGGUUCGUAUGUUACAUAGUUGUGUGCGUAGUGUGCCGUUCGUUUCAGUGUUUGGUCGGUGUGUUUAUGAGGUUCCCUUCGGGGAGAGUUAGGGGUACCAUGAGGGAAAAGGGGGGGGGGUUUGGUCUGGUGGGGGUACUAGUCCUAUUGCCUAGUGUAUAGACCUGUUGUCUCCUGGUGUCAUGUAUCUUGGCAUGAGCUCUAUUAGUGUGUGGGUCCUUGGUGGUUGGGUGGUGUUGGUCUGAGGCCAAUUGUGGUCCUUCCCAUGGACUUUAUAUUUGAUUCUACUUGGGCUGUCACCUAGAGUAGGGUGUGUUGGUCAGGGUCUCGGUAGGUGUUUCCUGAUCUUUAUUUUAUUUUUUGAAGCAUCUCUUAUUAAAAAUGCACAGACCACUUAAAACUGGAAAAAAUUUAAUUUUGCUCCCAUUCCAAGUCUGAGCUGACGUCCCAGCAAGGUUGUUUCCAUUUACGUGAAGUGCAUCCCUUGCUGUGACCAACUCGAGAACUGGAUACACCUCCUUUCCAUAACCGAUCUGAGGAACUGCUUGCCAGAUAUGUUCUGCCUUUAGUGUCUGUUACAAUAGGAAUGUCUUUUUGUUGCUUUUUGUAGGGUUUAUUAACUAAACACCAAAUUGCAUUGAACUCGAAACAGAAGCAUUUUGAUCCAGGCUAAUAUCUCUUUUGAGGCAAUUUAUCACCCUAUUUAGAAAUAUAUUUCAUGGUUAUUAUACAAUGUAAAAAGAAAAUACAAUUAUUAGAAUUUUUUUUUUUUUUUUUACCUUUUGUGUUCUUAUUGUCAUUUCUUUCUAAAUAGCAAUCUAUUGUGACUUGGCUACUUUGAUAGCUGGGCCCAUACAGUAGCACUAUUAUACACUAGUUGAAGUUUACUCUCUGCUGCAAUUAUGUUCAAUCAAAUGCACCAUAGUUCUGUAUUAUACUGCUUAUCAGUGUAAAUGUGUACACUAGCAGUCUAACAUUGUAUUAGGCCUGGACAGAUACCAAGGGCAAGCCAUUCACGUGCAUCUUAUAUUUUUGCAAAGGAUGAACUAUUUUGUACCUGGCUGUUUGAUUUUUGGUAUUUGGUACUCCAUAUAAAUCGGGUGGGGGUAAGGCUGCAUUUUUCACUGAGAAAGCGGUGGUAUCCCUUAAGCAUUUGAUUUGUCACCAGUGAUCCACUAAUAAACAGGCUGCAUGUAUAUCUGUGUUUUGUGUUUUCCUUGUGUGGAUUCAUGUUCUACUUUGGAUGCCAAAUCAUAAACAGCUUUUCUGUAGAAAAUAAAAAUAAUAUAUACACACACUCUCUCUCUCUUACAUUUUCUGUAAUGAUUGAGAACGGCAGAAAAAAAAUUCACAAAGUAUAAGGCCAACAUGUAGCACUGCAACUAAUUUAUUUUGUCUGCCAGUAAUAGUCUUAUCUUCAUUGUUUCACAACACCUCGUUGCACAAAAUGAAUCAACAUCCUCACCAUGAUAAUUAAAAGUGGGAUUUCGCACCACUGUAGCCACUUUUCGUCUGCUCGGCACAGCACUGCUAAAAAAAGAAAAAGAGAGAUUAAAAAAAAAAAAAAUUUUAAUUUUUCAUGUUGGGUGUUUAAGUUGCUGUGUGCAGUAAUUGCAGAAAAUUCUCUUCCAGAUCCAGAACCUAUCAACUUCAUCAGAGGAAAAUGCUCUGUUAACCAAUGCUCUUGCAGCUUAUAGAAGACUUCUCUCUUCUCAGCCGCCAAAAGGUAUGCCUAAGGAGCAUGGGUAAUCAAUUGCUGCUGCAAGCCUAUCAUAUUAAAUAUCUGUUUAAAGGCUACAUUUCCUAGAAUUCUCUGUGAGCUAGCAGCUGCAAAGUAGUACAAACUGGGUGUUCAACCAUCAGUCUUCAAGUUAUGAAGCCUACAUCAGUGUUAAUUUUGUCGACUAACAAUUUUAGUUGACUAAAAUUUUUGAGAUUUAGUCGACUAAAACAAAUAUGAUUUAGAUGACUAAAAUACAGUUAAAACUUAAAGGGCAUUUUAGUCAAAAGACUAUAAAUUGAAAUGUUAUGCCAAAAUUAACACUGCACAGAGGGGCUGGGGAAGGGGCAAAAGAGACAGAUGUUUCAACUAAAUAAAUUAGAUUUUAAUCGAGUCGACUAAAAUGUACUGGAGAUUUAGUCAAUUUAAACUAGACUAAAACAAUUCAGAUGACUAAAAAUACAACUAAAGCUAAAAUGGCUUUUUAGUCAAAAGACUAACACUAAGUUGAAAUUUGCCGCCAAAAUUAACACUGGCCUACAGACUUCUAGUGUGUGGCAGAUUUUCUUUAAAAAAUAGUGUAUCGAUCAUAGAAUAUUUGAUUUGAAUUUGGGAUGAUAAAGCAGAGAGGAAAAGAAAAACCUCCCAUAGAGACAGAUUUUCAAGGUCUUCAUAGGGUAACAUUACAGCAAAUUAGUAGGUAACGCUUUGUCUAAUCUUUACUGUACUAUAAAUGAUUAAUUUUAUAACCUGCAAACCUGUAUAAGUAUAUGAAUAAUUUAAAUAUAUCUUGGUAUGAUAGUAAUUUAUAUUAAUCUAUCAGGUUUUGAGAAAUACUUUCCUAAUGGGAAAAAUGGCAAGAAAUUAAAUGACUCUAAAGGAACUUCAACUGAAUUAAAAGGUAAUUUAAUACCCUUUUUUCGAGUGCUUUGUUUUUUCCCCUCCUCUUUUCUUCUUAUUUUAUUAUUAUUAUUAUUAGCAUUUAUAUAAAGUCAAUAUAUCCCAUUUCACUUUACAAUUUGGUAGUGGUUGAUAUAAACAGAGGUAACUAAAUAUAUGAACAAGAGGUGAAGCUGGCUCUGCUCGAAGAGCUGAUGAUCAAGAGAUUGUGAAUUGGUUAUGCAUAAAAACUGUUGCAGUUAAUGUAGCUUUUCUGGCAUCUUAUCUAUUCGACCCCAAACUAUCUGUUACUGCUCCUCUGUUAUUGCCAUUCUAAUUUGUCCAACAAAUUUGUCACUACCAGUGUACUGAGGCAGAAACAUGCAUGAAUUAUUUAACAAAAUUUACAGCCAUGCUCGGAGCGCUUCUUCUUGUUUGUCCCUAAAAUGAAAUUAUAGGGUAAAAAGCCUUUAUCUGGUUAUUCUAUUAGUAUUUAGGAAAAUUAUACAGCGAGCAGCAGAGCUGAAGAGCACUGCUUAGCCCAAGAGAAGGUAAAUUCAAGGUCAUGACUUUAAUAAAGACAGAGAGGCAAGUAUCAUGCUUAUCACUUUCUUCUACUCCCAAUAGCAGCAAAAAGUAAAAACAAAACUGUAUAAUACAUUGUAAUCAUCAUAGUAUAAUACUAGGGAAUGCACAGUUGGAAACAUCACUCGCUCUCCACCAAUUAUCUCUCAGCAUAGUCUAUAAAUAAGUCUCCACAAUCUAGCAUCCUCUUUCAUUGCUAAUUAUUAUUUUUUCCGUAGCACUGUACAAUGGGUGGACUAACAGACACAUAAUUGUAACCAGACAAAUGGACGCACAGGAACAGGUUGAGGGCCCUGCUCAAUAAGGUUACAUGCUAGGGGGAGUGGGGUAUAGUGACACAAAGGGUAUAAGUAGGUUUAAUGAAAUGGGUUGCUAGAAAAGUAAUCACUGGGAACUUAUUUUUUUUUUUUUUUUUAAUUUGACAAUUUUUAUUGUUUCGUGCGGUGGGGGUACAGAAAGGAAGCAGGAGGGAGGGUAGGGGGGUGGGAACUUAUUUUUGACCGUUGCAGAGAGGAGUCAUGGGGUGGGGGGUUGAAAACCGAGUGGAGACUGUCUGAAAGUCUAACUAGGAAGUCUUGGAGGCGAGUAUCCGAUGUGGGAGUACGGACAGAGGAUAGACGUAGGUGUUCGGGAGAGUGCAGGGAUGAACUAUACCUAAUCUUCAGAAGGGAACAUACACUCCUCCCAUCCUUUGGCAAACAUUGCGUCAAACCCAUCUGCUUUUAAAAAAGGGUAUCAUCUAAAUGCUAUGCAGCAGUUAUGGACAGGACUAAUGAUGCAAAGGUACUCUAUAUGAUAAGAUGGGAAAAGGACCUUCUUAUCUCGAAUGGCACAAAGCAAUCCAAUUUACUAAGAAAGGAUCCAAUUGCUUGUCCCAUUGGGAGGCAUGUCUCAAAAUGCUGAUGCGUUGGUACUGAGUACCUAGUAAAUUAGCAAAGAUUUAUGAAGACUCAAGCCCAAAAUACUGGAGAUUUGGUACUCUCAAACACCUACUUUGGUACGGUGAGAUGAUACAGGCAUUCUGGGCAGAUCAGUAAAGUAGCAUCUGACAAAUUACAUGCACACAUCCCCCAUAAAGCUGAAUGUUUUAUCUAGGCAACCUUCCAGCCCAGGUUAUUCUACUAAAUCUUCUCACUGCAGCUAAGACCGGUAUUGCCUUUCACUGGAAGAGCCCGGUAGCUCCCUCACUGGGGGAGGAUACCCAAAGACUCAACUCUACUAGCCUUUAUGAAAAAAAUGCUUAAUUUUGCAAGGAAAAUAUACAGUAUGAUAGGAAAUGGGGUAGUUGGGCAAAUAUACAGAUAUAAGUGCAAGUCGGCUUCAAUGUUCUUGGUGCCUACAUAUAUGGUAUCUUGGUCACACACACACAGUUACAGGCAGACUGUUACACACACACAGUUACAGGCAGACUGUUACACACACACAGUUACAGGCAGACUGUUACACACACACAGUUACAGGCAGACUGUUACACACACACAGUUACAGGCAGACUGUUACACACACACACAGUUACAGGCAGACUGUUACACACACACAGUUACAGUUAGUUAUGCACGCACACACAGUUACAGUUAGACAGUUAUGCACGCACACACAGUUACAGUUAGACAGUUAUGCACACACACACAGUUACAGGCAGACUGUUACGCACACACACGCACACAGUUACAGGUGGACAGUUACGCGCACACACACACACACAGUUACAGGCAGACUUACACACACACAGUUACAGGCAGACUGUUACACACACACACAGUUACAGGCAGACUGUUACACACACACAGUUACAGGCAGACUGUUACACACACACACAGUUACAGGCAGACUGUUACACACACACAGUUACAGUUAGUUAUGCACGCACACACAGUUACAGUUAGACAGUUAUGCACGCACACACAGUUACAGUUAGACAGUUAUGCACACACACACAGUUACAGGCAGACUGUUACGCACACACACGCACACAGUUACAGGUGGACAGUUACGCGCACACACACACACACAGUUACAGGCAGACUUACACACACACAGUUACAGGCAGACUGUUACACACACACACAGUUACAGGCAGACUGUUACACACACACACAGUUACAGGCAGACUGUUACACACACACACACAGUUACAGGCAGACUGUUACGCACACACACGCACACAGUUACAGGUAGACAGUUACACACAGUUACAUGCAGACAGUUACACACACAUGUUCAUAGCUCCGCCCCCUUAUUCAUUCCAUGCUCAAUAAGGUGUAGUCAGUUCUAGGUUUGUUACAUUUCUUUAAACAACUUUACUUUUGAAUUUGGUAUGCUCGGGUUUCUUACACUAAAUUGCACUGUUUUUUUUGUCUUUGCUUUUAUUGGGAGUAAAAGAAAGAUAUUGGCAUAAUAUAAGCCCCUGUGUCUUGUGAUAAAAACUGUUUUUGUUUAUCAAAUAUCAGUACAAUAUUCCAGUAUUAUCUGUUUAGAUGCUAAAGGCAAUGGAAACCAAGCAAAGCGCAAUGAAAACCAGCAUUCGUCAGGAGGGGGAAGUGACUCAACUGGAGGGGGCAAGAAAGGUGGAAAAGGAGGAGGAAAGAAAGAGGACUCCACUUGGUGGACAAGACUGCAGAAGGUUUAGUUUUAAUUCUCUUCUGUAUUCACCUAAUUGAAGAAUGAUUAUAUUACUUAGUCUAUGUUCUUUGCAAUGUUCGCAGUGGUAAAAGUUGCAUCAGAGACAAAAAAACAAACAAAUAAACAAUGGUUAUAUUGCAUAAAUCUCGCCUAGUGGGUGGUCAUAAACGCUUCUGCUAAAGUUGAGAAAGACAUUUGAUAGCAAGUUUCCCUUGCAUGCACUUAAUACAAUUGCGAUGAAAAUACACACCAUCUGGUAGACAGUAACAUUGUGCUAGUCAGUUACCUUAACCCCUUAAGGACCAAACCUCUGGAAUAAAAGGGAUUCAUGACAUGUCACACAUGUCAUGUGUCCUUAAGGGGUUAAAACACAAGGUAAGUUGCUGUACAUAACUUUAUGACUUCCAUGCCAUGCACUUUGGAAUGGCACUUGCACCAUUUUGAGGAUGGUAGCAACAAACUCUGACUUGGCUAAUUGCUUAGGAUCCCAAAUUUGAGCCCGUCUCUGGAGCAUGCUAAUUUCCAAAAAUUGCUACAGCUUUAAUGUAUUUUACAAAUUUCCUUAGUUUUCUUUUCCACCUAUUUUGGUUAUUGCCUAUGAUGAUCUUGCAAUGUUUCCUUUUGAAUAGGUUUGUGAUUUUUUGGCUCUUUAGGGUGAAAUACCGUGGGAUGAUAAGGAGUUCCGCUUUUACUUUAUGGCAAGUGCCGGGUUAUGGGCUGGUGUUACCUAUUACAUCUUCUUCAGGAAGUCUGGCAGAGAAAUCACUUGGAAAGAUUUUAUUAAUAACUACUUAUCGAAAGAUGUGGUGAGUCAACUGGCUGGUAAUUGUAACAUGUUCAGUAGGUGUCUUGUAUGUGUACGCUAUCUUCACCAUAGAAAUCAUUAAAGUGUUGCAUCUAAAAGAGAGGGCAUAGUAAUGCACGUGGUGAUGAUUAUUAUACACGUGUGCAAAAAUUAGCAUUUUUUUUUUUUUUUUUAGUUCAAACGACUUUUAUUUGUGUCAUCGAAAAUGUACAGUGCAAUGGGAUAGCAAAAUAGGAGACACGCAGAUCUCGCAAAAUCGGGAACCGCAAUAUGAUUAUAAAUGAAUGUAAACCUAAACAAUAUUAACAGUUAGAAGGUAUUACAGUAUCAGUACAUGCAUUCAAUAUGCAGACGUCUGCAUCUUAUGGUCGUACAUUAAGGGGUGAGUGUGUCACCUCUGGGUGAGCCAGGUAUUGACUGUGUAGUACGUGGCCAAGAUUUGUCUGUUAUCAUAAUGAUUGCAUAUAGCCUAGGAGUAUCUUCUAGGCAGGUAGGGGCCACUAUAGCGUCUGUGGUAUAGCUAACCUGAAAGUUUAAUUCGAAGGGGGGCUCAUCGUCCCAUAUAAUAUUGAUAGAUAGUGGGUUUCCAUUGGGUCUUAUUACCUUUGACCGCGUACACCUCGCGCAGGUCCUGUUUUGACGUACGGGUGAUAUGAUCAGUUGGGUCAGUCUAGAGUAGUGGGCGGUAGCAAGUUAGCGGAGCAUCCGUAUAACACCUGAGGCCCAAGCCUGCCAUACCCUCCUGUUUGGCUGUGGUUGAGACUAGUGCGCAGUGAGGUCAGACUCUUGCGCAAGGGCAGGGAAAGAGAGCAAGUGGUGUAGAAAGGAGAACAUGAAGACAGAGGAGGAUGGGGAAGAGAGAGGAAAGAUUUAAAAAGGGGGAUCCCGAGGAGCACCAGCGUUGUGCCUGUGGUAUUCUUGGAUCCGUGGUGUUCCGUGCAGUUCGGCGUCACCAGCUCUGGGGCGCGGUUGGAGGGGGGAGGAGAGGGGUAUCCCUCAUAGGCCACGUAGGCCAGCCAUGGCCGCCACCUCUCAACAGGUUUCUCCUCCAUACCUAUCAACGAGGCGUGUAUCGAUUCCGCCCGUUACAUCCAUAGUCCAAUCGUCGGGGUUACAUCUUGCUUCCAGUGCAGCGGAAUCAACGCCUUGGCGGCGUUCAGCAGGUGUCGGAGUAUGGAUUUUCUAUAUACCCCGAUGGUGUCUGUUGUAGAGUGUAGGAGAGCUACCUCUCUGUCGAAUCUGCCGUCCGUCCCCAGUAUUUCCUCCGUUCGUCGUUUGACCUCGUCCAAAACAGUGUAAUGCGUGGGCAUUCCCACCAGAUAUGUAAGAACAUUCCUCGUCCGUCUCUGCAUCUCCAGCAUGUGUCGGGUACCGCCUGGAAGAUUCUGUGCAGGCUAUCGGGUGUUCUGUACCAGAACGAUAGGAGCUUAUAAUUGGUUUCCUGAUAGUUGGAUCUUUUCCCAUUGAGUUGCGGUGAAUGAUGUACCUAGAAUGCGUUCCCAGCGUCGGCGAAAGGUGUCCGCGUUCUCCAGGUGACCUACAAGGAGGUGUUGGUAAUGUUGACUUGGCUAGGUUGUUCCUUCACAGUGCCUUAAAGGCAGGUCCCUAUGUAGGGCUUCUCUGUGCUAUAGUGUUUGGUAGAAAUAUUUAAUUUGUGUGUAGCGGAAGAUUUGCAUUGUGGGUGGUUGGUCGUUGUCUAUGAAUUCCCAUAGUGGUAGUAUGCCUGUGUUAUUUAGCAUCUUUAUAGAUGGGGAGGGAUUCUCCACCAUCUAAAAUACUCCAAGAUGUCGGCGAUAGCCCACCUCCCAUCUGGGGGUUAUAUGGUAGCUGUUGGAGACAGCUGUGGAAUUCUUCUGAUGCUGUCCCACGUUUUUAGCGUCUGUGCCACAGUGGAGGUGCAGUCUAGGGCAUCAGCGGGGUCUCUUCAAGUUCCAUACUGUAGUGAGAAGUGACGACCCCAUGUGGUUAUCUAGUUCAAUCCAUUGUUUGUGUGCUGGGUGAGUAUGCCAUUCGAAGACCCGUUGUAGCACUGUAGCAUGAUGGUAUUUGCGGAGAUCCGGGAGUGCUGUUCCACCCCAUGCUCGUGGCAGGCAUAGGAUUUCUUGUCUGAGUCUCGCCUGUCCCCCACUCCACACGAAUCGUAUCAUAGCGGUCCGAAGCGAUUGAAAGUAUGCUGUCGGUAGGGCUAGAGGUAUUGUUUGGUAGAGGUAUAGGAUCCGGGGCAGUAUGUUCAUUUUCAGGAUCACUAAACGGCCGAACCACGAAAUAUAUGGGUAUGACCACGUCUGUAAGUCUCGCUGUAUUUUUUUGUAGCAAGGGUAGGAAGUUCGUCCGAUACAUGUCUCCCAGAUCCCUGUUAAGUGCUAUGCCCAGAUAUUGCAUGUGGGUCGGGCACAAUCUGAAUGGGAAUUGGUGCUUUAGUAUGUCGACUUGUGUUGGUGAGGUCGAAAUGUUAAGUACCUCACAUUUGGGUAUGUUCAGUUUAAAUCCCGAUAUAUCUCCCCAUAGGUCUCAAAUGUUGACAUCAAGUGUGGUAGGGUGGUAUCAGGUUUGUUUAUAACAAAUAAAAGAUUGUCUGUCUGCAUACGCCACUACUUUGUGGGUAGUGCCCUUGUCGGAGAAUCCUAGAAUCUCAUCUGAUCUGCGCACUACCUCCAGGAAUGGUUUGAGGGUGAGGGCGAAGAGCAUAGGGGAGAGCAGACAUCCCUGCCGCGUUCCGUUCCGGAUCGGAAAGGGUUUGGUGAGUGCACCGUUCACUCUUACUUUGGCACUUGGGCAAUGAUAUAGCACUCCUAUCCACUUAAUUAUGUUCUCCCCGAAGCCCAUCUACCACAGCGUAGCCAUAAGGAACGACCAGUUUACCCGGUCGAAUGAUUUCUCAGCAUCUGUGGAGAGUAAUAGGAGGUUGUCUUUCGACCGCUUCGCCAGGUGUUGGAUGGAUUGGACCCUAAGAGUGCUAUCCCUGGCCUCACGUCCGGGUAUGAAUCCCGUCUGAUCUGGGUGGACCAGUUUCGGCAUUAGGCCUCCGAUCCUGGUGGAUAAUAUCUUGGUCAGUAGUUUUACAUCCACAUUGAGUUGGGAGAUCGGUCUAUAGCUGCUGCAUAAUUCGGGGUCUUUCCCUGGCUUCAGGAGAACCGUGAUUGUAGCUGCCAGUGACUCCUGGUGGAAUUGAGCGUCCUCGAUGAGAGCGUUGAAUGCAUUGGUAAGUUUUGGGAUUAAGAUGUGUUGGAAUUUCUUAUAAUAUUCUAGAGUGAAGCCGUCAGGGCCCGGCGCUCGAUCUGUUUUAGCUGCUUUGAUCGCUCCCUCAGCCUCCGCCUCUGUUAUCGGUACCUCCAAGUCCUCUGAUUCCCCUCGUUGCAGUCUUGUCCCCACGUAGGUUUCAAUGUAGUUCCGCAUUUUUUCGUUCCUAUCCGCUAUCUCAUUUGGUUGUCGGUUGCGGGAUAUUAUAUAGUGAGUAGUAGAAUGUUUGAAAUUUCGAGGCGAUCUUAUCCGGAAAUUGAGUGAUUGUGCCAUCAGCUUGCCGUAGUCUGUUGACCUGGGCUAGUCCCUGAGGGCCUUUAAUCAUCCUGGCCAGUAGCCUCCCACCUUUGUUAGCAUGUUGAUAAAAGAAGGCCUUCGAGCAUUGCAAUGAACGGUAGUGACGGGUCGUCAUAUGUGUUUGAAGCUGUCUCCGGGCUUCCAGUAGCUCUGCGUAUGUCGACUCGAGGUGUGAUCUUUUAUGCUGUGUCUCGAGUGUAGAUAUGCGUUACACCUGGCCGGUUAUUUGUCGUCCAGAUUCUUUUCUCUUUUUGGAAGCCAGGUGCAUCAGUGUGCCUCUAAUAACGCCUUUAUGUGCCUCCCAGAUCGUGGUUGCGAUGUGGUCUUCUGGUGCGUUAAGCGUAAUAUGAAUUGAGUUCUUCGGAGAUCUGUUCCCUUACUGUUAGGUCAAGCAGUAGCGAGUCUUGGAGCCUCCAUGCCCACAAGGUUGGGCGCAUCCUUGGGGAAUCUAUAUCUUCAGAAUGACUGGUCCAUGGUCGGACCAUUGUGCAGCUCCUAUCUCCGCUGUUUGAAUUGUCGUUAAUUGUUCUUGUUGCAUAAAUAUAUCAUCUAUUCUCGAGUAGCGUUUGUGGAUCGUGGAGUAGUGGGUGUAUUCCCUGUCGUCGGGAUGCAUUGCGCGCCAGCAAAACACCAGUCAAAGGUUCCGUAAGGAUUUCAGUAUAUUUCGGAGAACACCUUGAGUUAUGCAGCUGUGUCCCGUAGACGAGUCGGUGAGAGGGUGUAGUGGUACGUUGAAAUCUCUGCCUAGGAUCAAGGUUCCUUCUGUAAUGGAGGAGAGCCUGAGGAGGGUUUUGCGUAUGUAUUGGGUUUGGUUAUUGUUUGGGACGUAGAUUGUUGCGGAAGUGUAUCGUCUAUCUUGAAUAUCUCCUUUAAGGAAGAGGUACCUGCCAUUUGCAUCCGACAGUCUGUCUGCUUCGCGGACUUGUAGCUUCGCCUCUAGGAGGGUAGCUACCUCCGCCCUGCGGGCUGUUGGAUGGUUACUACAGGCGGUAUUGGGACAGUGCUUACUUUUCCCAACAGCGUUCUAGGGUCUUGGAAUUCUAAUUCCACUGCCUGGGUAUUUAGUUCUCAUCUACAGUACCUUAAAGGUCUGCAUUCUUUUGGUUUUUUUCUUAUCUAACACCUAUCUCCACUGAAGCUCCUUCGAUCACAGUUAUGUUCAGAUCGGGUGCCUGAGGGCUUCUGCUAUACAUACUCUUGAAUUCCUAACAGCCACGAGGUUAUCUCUUCACUCCUUUUGGUCUGUUGACCUUGGAAGAUACAACUUUGGUCGCAGGUUUUUUGCAGUGAGAUUUGAGUCCAUUGCUUUUGGAUAUCCCAGUUGUAAAGCACUGCCUCUAAUCUGAAGGGAAAACCAAACAUUUUUACUUACCGUAAAUUUCUUUUUCCAGAAGAUUAGAGGCAGUGCUCCCUUCCCUCCUCCCCCACCUUCUCCCUCCCCUCAAAUUUGUUCAUAGUCUGAGUGGUACGGUUAUUCGGCUUUUGUAAUUUCUGGGGAUGUCUUUGGUAGGAAGCAAUUUAUGUUUUUUUUUUUGUUUUUUUUUGUUUGUUUUUUUUUAUUUGAAAAUUAUAACUUGGUUUAUUGUGCAAAAAAUAUCAGAGGAUCGACGUUUCGACCUCUAAAAGGUCUUUCUCAAGAUCAGAAAAUUGCAAACUAUAGCCGUGUGAGCAUAUACAUAAAUCGAAUAAAAACUUAUCAAUAAUGUGAAGUAAAUCAAAUAAAAACUACAAGAUUCUAAAUGGUGACAAUAUACAUAUUAUCAGGGGCAUUGCUAACUUCCCAAAGAAAAACUCCAUAACCCUACACUAAAAUUCUGUGUAAACUUUGCCAACUAUGCAAGCCAUGAUAUCACAAGAAAUAGCCGGAAACAAGAACAUAGUGAAUUGUCAGGUAUUCAUUACAGUUCUGCCUAAACACUCUACAUAAGCAAUGAAAAGUGGUACAGUGCAGUUUCGCAGCCCAGCCCCCCUCCCCCAAUAUCUGUCACCUGGGUGCUAUUAUUCUAUCCCCUUUAUUAAUGUGGAGAAGCUCUUUUUGAGUUGGUUUCUCCUUUAAAAUAAUCUAAAAUGGCCACAAAAAAAAAUCUUUUCUUUCUAGAUUAUUCAGUUUUAACAAUGUUGUAUAUUACUUGCAUUUCCCCUUUUAUAAUGUUUUAUAUAGUGAAUAAAUAAUUGUGAGUAAUGUCACUUUAGCGUUUCCUUUUUUUUUUGUUUUUGUUUAGGUAGAUCGUCUUGAGGUGGUGAAUAAACGUUUUGUAAGAGUCGUCUUUACACCAGGAAAAACGCCUGUUGAUGGGGUAAUGUUACUUCUUUAUAUUUUUAUUUUUUUUUAAACUUAAAGGAACACUAUAGUGUUAGGAGUACAAAACUGUAUUUCAAACACUAUGGUGUCAGUUUGCCUCUGCGCAUGUGUGGCGAGCAUUGCACAUGUAUAAGGGCUUCCCCAUAGGAAAACAUUGACUCAAUGCUUUCCUAUUGUGAUUUGUUAUAUGCUGGAUAUCCUCAUGCAAAGGGGGGGUCAGGAGAAGGGUACACAGCACAGAGUAGUGUUUUUAAAAAGAAAUUAAAAAGGGGGUUAAGCCUCCAGUAGUCUUGAGUAUUGCUCCAGGAGCAACAAUCUUCAAAAGCUGAAGGGUUUCUGGACAAGAGAACACCUGGAUCCAGGGGGACAAAACCUCCAGGUCUGCAUUGUCAUGAGUAGUCACAGUCAGUUUGUCCAAGUCGUCAGAUUUGAAUAAUUGUUAGCUUGAUACCUAGCAAUACAUUGAUUAAAUCAAAACAUCAGGAGGAUAGGUUCUUUAGAAAAGUUUAGUAUCAUCAUACAAAAUGUAUGCAACAUAUAAAAUCCAGCGCACUUGUUCAUUCACUAAACAGCAAUUUCAAGUCUACCAGAAAGUAAUGGUUUUAUUUAAAAAUGCCUUACCUAGGCAAAAAAUUAUGGGGGGGUUUAGUUACAAUACAUGAUCAUACAUUGCAUAAGCCUGUUACAACAUCAAUGUACUCCAUUCUUGGCAGGUUCUACUCUAACAGCCUAAUGCCUGCUCUUGUGAGAUUAAUCCACUUAUUUGGGAAAUUCUUCCUCAUGAUACUCUCUGCAGGUCAAGGCUAAAUAGAUCAUUUAUUGUAACUAAACCCCCAUUAUAUUUUUGCCUAGGUGAGGUGUUUUUAAAUAAAACUAUUACAAUCUGUGAGAUUUUACAUCAUUGUUUAGUGAAUAAGCGAGUGCGCUGGAUUGUGCAUUUUGUAUGUUGCAUCUAUUGGCCCCAGCAGCACCCUAUAAUGUAUGCAUGUUCACUGAGUGCAGCCCUCUUGGUUUUAUAUUUAAAUAUUUUUUGUGGGUUUUAUAUUUAUAUAGUUUGUGGGGUUUUUUGGGGGGCGGGGUUGUAUAUUAUAUGCAAAGCUAAAAAGAUUGAAAAGGUACAAUUUUGUGCAGUCAUAAUCGUAAAUUGCAUAGCUGAAUCUGUGGAGUGUUAUAGAAUGAACAGAUGAAUAACUAAUGCAUUCAUUUUGUAAAGCAGAUUUGUACAUUUCUCGUAUUCUGAAUUCCCUAGUUUAAAGAGCAUCUGAAAAUAAAAAGUAUUAAGUAUGUAAUGGAUAUCUCCUUCCUUUUUUUUUUUUUUUUUAAAGUCAGCAUUCAUAUUCUACCUAUUUAGAAGAAAAAAUAUGCAAAAUACACAAUGAUAUAAUUAAAAGCUUGCAUAGUAUGCGAUCAGUCUGUCGGCACCAAUUUUAUUGACUCAGUUUAUCCAGUGUUUUUUGCACUUUCUUUCUCUAACCCUUUUAAUGUUUUGUUUUUUCUUGCAUUGCACUGAAUGUGAUCACCAAGAACUCUGUCUAGUUAGAUGGGAACAGUUCAUGAUAUUUUCCACUCUUGUGUUUUUAUUUUUUUUUAUUUUAUAGCAAUAUGUCUGGUUUAAUAUUGGCAGUGUGGACACCUUUGAGAGGAAUUUGGAAACUGUGCAGCAAGAGCUUGGUAUAGAGGGGGAGAACAGAUUGCCUGUAGUGUAUGCAGCUGAAAGUGAUGGGUAAGAUUAAUUGUAUUAUUCCAGAUACAGCAAUCAGGCUCCCGUUAUCUGCUUGUGUUGCACAUUGUGUGAUUUUCAAAGUUUUGUUUGUUUUCAGAAAAUAACCUGUCAACAUAUAGAAAUCGUUCUUUGUGAAAAUAUAGGAGUUUGCCCUUCCUUCCUUUUCAUUGUAACUCUUGCAGCAUAUCUCCUUAAAGGACUGCUCUAGGCACCCAGACCACUUCAGCUUAAUGAAGUGGUCUGGGUGCCAGGUCAAGCUAGGGUUAACCCAUUUUCUAAUAAACAUAGCAGUUUCAGAGAAACUGCUAUGUUUAUUAAUGGGUUAAGCCUUCCCCCAAAGCCUCUAGUGGCUGUCUCAUUGACAGCCACUAGAGGCGCUUGCGUGCUUCUCUCUGUGAUUUUCACAGUGAGAGCACGCCAGCGUCCAUAGGAAAGUAUUGUAAAUGCUUUCCUAUGCGACCGGCUGAAUGCGUGCGCAUUCAGCUGACGGGGCGGAACGGAGGAGGAGAGGAGGAGGAGAGCUCUCCACCCAGCGCUGGAAAAAGGUAAGUUUAAACCCCUUUCCCCUUUCCAGAGCCGGGCGGGUGGGGGCGCCCUCAGGGCACUAUAGUGCCAGGAAAACGAGUAUGUUUUCCUGGCACUAUAGUGGUCCUUUAAGGACCAAACUUCUGGAAUAAAAUGGAAUCAUGACAUGUCACACAUGUCAUGUGUCCUUAACCUCUUAAGGACCAAACUUCUGGAAUAAAAGGGAAUCCUGACAUGUCAUACAUGUCAUGUGUCCUUAAGGGGAUAUAGUCACUGGUUUGUCUGUUAAUCUAUCUGUCUCAUUCCAUCAUUGUUCGUUUAUGUAGCCGGCCUGUCAGGCAUGGCCAAUGAAGUCACACAACUUUUUAUACAAAGCUUACUAUUUAAAAAGUUUAAUUUUUGAAAGCAAACGGUCGCAUGUGUCUGGAGCUCCGGACUGCAAGGCUGAUAAACACCCUAUUUUCUGAUACCCAGACCGGACCAAAAGGGCCCGACAGCUCUCCUGGGAGCCCUGAAUCCAGAUGGGGAAAAAAACGAAAAAAGCAAGACAAGAAGCGCCCCGAAUGGUCAUGAACAUAGGAGACAUGUGGCGGCAGGCUCGUGGCGCUCAAGGGCCUGGGAUGGCGGCCAUUGCUGGGGAUUGCUCAGACCUCUCGGACGACUUUUCUUGUGGAACCGAUGAGGGAUACACACCAGCUACGGCGCUUCCCCCGCCGCGGAUCCCGACAACACAGCCAGACCCCGCUCCAGUGACGGCCGCACUCUUGAAAGAACUGCUGACGGAUUUACAAAAGAACCUCCAGGCAGACAUGGCCACGAUACGCCAAGACUUGAAAGGCCUGACUGGCAGGAUAGGAGCCCUGGAAACCACCUCACUCUCAGCCAAACAGCAGAUCACCACCCUCCAGCAGGAGGUCCGAGACCUGCGAAAACUAAACAGCUCAUAUGAAAGGCGCUUUGCAGCCCUUGAAGACUCCCGCCGUCGGAACAACAUCAAGGUCAGGGGGGUCCCCGACAACGUACCCGAAGCGGAGCUCCCGCACGUGGUAAGGAGACUACUUUCUGCCCUGCUCACGCCCAAACUGUCCAAAACACUAAUUCGUUAAAGGGAGAUACAAAGCAACCCUCCUAAAUGCACUGUGCGGCAACUCACCUUACUCCUUCGAAGGCAUGGACCUAACCUUUUAUGCAGAUUUGACUCUCUGCAGGACUUCCUAGCCUGUGAACAUAGUAACGUAAGCUUGAACAACUAGCCUGCAAUGUUCUCUAUCACCAUUGUUCCCUGUCUUACGCUAAUCCAGUUUCUUAUGUUUAUCAACAAUCAACCUAGAUAUAACUCAUUGUUAAGCGUUUAAAAAUUUUAAAAAAUGUGCAAAGUUUUUUCCACUGCCUAACUAACGUAAACCUUUGUUCAACUCGGCAUCCUCUGGCUAUUGUGGCACGGUGUGCUAUAUGUGAACUUCCAUGCACAAAUAAAAUAAAGAAUAAAAAAAAUUUAAUUUGGUGUGUUAGUGUGCUGUGUAAAAGAAGAAAGCUCCUUAUACAAAUUAACCCAUUGGAGUAGGAAUAAAAUAGUCUAGAACUUAUUUAUGUAAUUGUUAAACUCUGUCACUCUUGUUUCAUAGGUUGAAUUAGUUGUUGGCUGUUUAAUCACAAUGCUGUAUUGUGUCUAAGAUGCAGUCACAUAAAAAGUUGUGACAAUGUCCUUGUAACCCAGCUUUGGUUACCACGAUGAUCCACAGUAUUGCUGACUUUGCGUUCCGCUAAGAUGACCUAAGCUUUACAUGGCAAUUUUCUUUUCGAGCUGCUUGCUAGUGUUUAUGCACUAGAGCAAACUUAUACAUCCACAAUAUGUUCUGGUACACAUGAGGACAUAUCAAACGUAUCCAUCCACGAUAUAUAUUGGUAUUGUAAACAAAUAUCAGGAACUGAUGACGUUACACAUUAAUCAAAAUUCUGUGUUGGUGUCUCAGCUUUGACAUUGUGGACUAAUGCAUUAAGUUUCCACUAUGUCAGGUCUGGUCAAUGCAUUUAAUGUUCUGCUAAAAUUAAUAUGUGUGGCUCCAUACCGGCCUUCAUCCUGUUAUUCUUUUUACUGGAGAUUUAUCAUCCAUUGCCUAAUGCUGUCCCUGUCCUUUUGGUUAAUUGUUGAGACAUACCUUCAUUACAAUAUGAGUGAGACAAGGUUCUCGUACAGUGGAGACUGCUUUCGGAGGACAUGACACAAUCUGGAACUUGUUCUUUUCCUUUUUUUUAUUUUUAUUUUCUUUCAUAGUGCAAACAAUUGCAUUCCACUGACCAACCAACACCCUUUAGAAGUGGUCUACUGUUUGACCUAACCAUUUUGUUUUCUGAAUGUGCAACAUAAUACAUUUUUUUUUUCCAAUGUCUUGUUUUGGUUUUUUAAGAUAGUUUAGUUUGAACAGAAAUAAAGAUCAUAGAACAUAACAGCUUUCAUAAUACAGUGCAAAAGUACGAUACAUUUUUUCAUAAAUCGGUUGAAGAUUGCAGGGUUAUGCAACAUUACAUAUGGGAUUCAACACAGUGUGGUGAAAUGUACUCUUGUACAGUUGUUGGCAUUCAGAAUACAUAUGUGGAGGAGACAUUGUUAUUAUACAACACACAGAACUACUACAUGAAAAAAUGUAAAAUGUGCUAGACAUGCUUCACUCGGUGAGGCUUGUUAUGUCCCAGCUCAUGUGGGAUCCAAAAUGGAUGCUUAAGAUGUAAAUAGUGGUAUCAUCACCAACAUGCACUGUAUUGGUCCACUCGUUCCGCCACUUGCAGUAGAGACAAGCAACAAAACAAUUCCUAAAGCGAUUAGGAGAGAGAAGUGAGAGAGGAGAAAAAGGAAAGAAGAAAGUAAGAGAAGGUUACCCAUGGUCCAGAUAUAAGGUAUCAGGAUUUCCAUGCCUCUUAUAAUUACAUCAAUCACUAUAUGUCACUUGUGGUAAUACCCAAAGUAUAACACAUAUAUACAUAUCAUCAUUUUAUCGUUUGCUACUGUGUGUGUGUGUGUGUGUGUGUGUGUUAAUAAUGCUCAUAAGGAGAGUUAGGAAUGAUACUUUGUCCAACUCUUCCAAUGUUUACAGUGAGCACCUUCCUUGCCUCUUAGUUUAUAAGCCAGUUUUUCAAGGUGAUAUGUAGAAUCAACAUAAUAAAUUUUUCCUAAUUCUAUUUGUCUUCUGUAUUUGAUUAUAAGUUGUCUUUUUUUUUAAUUUUUUUUUUUUUAUUCUAGCUCCUUCCUUCUAAGCAUGCUUCCUACUGUCCUCAUUAUUGGUUUUCUCCUGUACACUGUGAGACGUGGUCCAGCUGGCGGAAGGCCUGGUCGUGGAAUGGGUGGUCUCUUCAGUGUUGGAGAAACAACUGCCAAAGUACUCAAGGAUGAAAUUGAUGUGAAGUUCAAGGAUGUGGCUGGAUGUGAAGAGGCAAAACUGGAAAUUAUGGAAUUUGUUAAUUUCCUCAAAAAUCCAAAGCAGUAUCAAGAUUUAGGUGCCAAAAUCCCCAAGGUAAAUGUUGACUAUUCAGUACUAUGAUAAAAUAUUAAAACUCUUCUUGGGAUUACUGCAUGCACUGUUCUAAAUGGGUUACUAAUAGUUAUUGCUAAAAUUAAAUGGACUGAUUUUCAUUGAACAAAGCCAGUUUUCUAAAUAUGUGUAAGCUGUUUAAUUUCCAGUUGAACAUAGACCUUGUGGUUUUUCAAAUUGUAACAUGGUUAUGUGAAAUGAAAGUGCUAGUUCAACAAAUGCGUAUUGUUGGGUGUUAUCCCAUGAAAUCUAUUUGACACUUGAUAUUAUCCUGUCUCACUGAUAUGUCAGUAAGAGAAUUACACUUCCUCUGUCUUUAUUAAAGCAGUAACCAGGCAUUAUUACAGUUCUAUAGGUCUGACCUAUAUGGAAAUCAUGGGAGACCAUAUGCAGGGCAAAAGUGAUCAAAUUCAAGAUAGAUAGCAUGGCUUUAUUGUGGGAUUUGGUUUAUUCUUGAGCAGGAUGAUAACUCUGUAUAGGCUUCUAAACUUUGUGUGUUAAUCUUACUGCCCACUAAACAGUGUUUCUUCUUGUGAUUCUGCUUAAUCAUAUCCUAGACUUGCUUUUGUAAAGAAGUUUUAAUUUGUGAAAUGUAUUACUGCUGUCUUGAAUAGAAGCUGCAUGUCAAAUACUAAUAAUACUAAUAAUGCAAUUAUUAACACUAAUGUUAGCAGCAGCAGCAGCAGCGAAUAACGUGGCACUAGGGUGAUAUUCUGAAUAUUUACUACCUCUUAUCCCCCCAAACUCACUCUGCUUCCUUAGAGGUUUAAUUUAAAUAAAAUAAUUUGUCGUAUGUGGCUUACAAUGUCUUCAAAGACAUUUUAGAUUUUUUUCACAUUGUAACAGUCUUGCUAUUCUUUAAUUUUGUGUAUUUAUUAUUUACUUAUUGUUUUCAAGGGUGCUAUUUUGACUGGUCCUCCUGGCACUGGAAAAACACUUCUGGCAAAAGCGACAGCAGGAGAAGCCAAUGUCCCUUUUAUUACAGUCAACGGUUCUGAGUUUCUAGAGAUGUUUGUUGGUGUUGGUCCAGCAAGGGUAAGUUGAUGAAUGCAAGGACCCCCCUCGGCGCUCUGUUAAUGUCUGAAGGUGGGAAAGGACUUGGCAGAAGUUCACUCGUCAAUAACAUAUAUUUAUCUGUAAAUGAAAAACAAGGGUCACUGUUUCCUCCUGGGGAUAACAUGGCUCUUUAUUUAUUGCUUGGGUAUAAGAUGUGAACCUUUUUCACUUUUCCCUGUUGGUAUAAUACCUCCCACAAAAGCCAAAUACCCCUACGCAUAGUCAACUUGUUAUAUGUUCUAGAAUACUGUUUAAAUGUUACUACGAUCACCACUAUUAUAUUUCAUUCUGUUCAUUUCGCAUGGUUAGGGAAACAUUCGUAUGCCUCUACAUUGUACCAACUUGUUCUGUGUUCAAGACAACUGUAUAAUUGUCACUACUGUUAUUACUAUUCCGUAUACCCUACUUCUUUUUUUACUGUUGUAACACUUUUGAAAAAGACACAUGCCUCUACAUGACACCGCUCUAUUUUAAGCUCAAGAUUAUUGUUUAAAUGAAACUACUGUUACCACUUUUCUUACUGUUUUGUCAACACUGUCUAUUUCAAAAAAUAAAAAUAAUAAAUAAUGUUUAAAAAAAACAAAAACUCCAAGAACAAAAAAUGGACAGUGGAGUGUUCCUUUUAAUUUAUAAUAAAUAUAAGGUCAAGUGGACUAGAGUGCAUGACUGGUCUUUAUUAAAGUUUAAAACCAACAGAGAGAAGAAGGAAGGGAAACGGAUUAAGGAAAGUGUAGUGAGAAGUGAAGUGAGAGGAAGGGAAGAGAUGAUGGUGAGUUAUAGAGAAAGGGUGGGGAGAUCCAAUAUAUUAUUGGAGAAAGGGUAAAACAAAACUGUAUUUUUGUCCAUGUAUUCAUGUUGUUUUGGUAUUAGUAUCACAAGUAGUAAAAAACUUAUAAUCAUUCUUGUCUUUUAUUCUAGGUGCGUGAUUUAUUUGUCAUGGCUAGAAAAAAUGCCCCUUGCAUUCUUUUUAUUGAUGAAAUCGAUGCAGUUGGUAGGAAGAGAGGACGUGGAAACUUUGGAGGGCAAAGUGAGCAGGAAAACACUCUCAACCAACUUCUGGUAGAAAUGGAUGGUAAUUUUUCUAUUACUCUUUUUCCUAUUUCACUCAGUGAAAUAUUAUCUCUAAACUCUUAAGUGCCCUUAAAAAAAUUUUCUCGAGUCUUAUUAUAUCUAUGGUAGUCGUAUCUUGAUAGACUUUACUUUAUCUCCUCCUAUAUUAACCUCCGUUACCGCCACAGUACUGUAAGUAUCCCUGAAAAGCUGAAUACCAACAUCAAGGCUUACAACUGACCUACUCUCCUAGCCAGACUUUAACGGUUACAAGUCACUGCAAGCCUGCAGCGUGCAUGGCACAUUUACCAGGACUAGAUUUUCACCUACCAAUGUGGCAAAUGGUAAUUUUGAAAAAGAUUAACCAUGGGUGUUUGUGGAUGACUUGCCUACUUUAAUGCAUGGAGGUUCAAUUUCAUUCUAUUGGGAUUAACUAAAUUGAAAAUGAUGAAUUGUUAAUAUUCUAGAGUUGGUUUUUUGUUUUUGUUUUUUCUUUUCUAUCUUAUUAAAACAUAUAGUACAGCGGGUUGAGCGACCAUCGAGCUAUUCAGUCAUGCUACACUUCAGCCUACAAGACACUAAAAAAUCACAAAAAAUUAAGUACUAUUCUUUCAGUUAAGAUACUUGGCAACAUAAAGACUACUAUGGGCAAGAGAAACAAGAAGCUGAAGCAGUCUGUUAAUGGAGGCACCAGAGAUAUCGGUGACCUGCUCUCUUGUGCAGGUAGCCCUAAGAUGGAUCCCGCAGAGGAUCUCCGCUUCCACUUCUCACCACAUUUGGACGCACUAGAUAUGUUUCUGCCUACACCAGACUACAAAGGGGACAUCCAAGAACUCUUCUCCAACAUAAAGCGUUUGUUCGGUGCUGACUUGAUAAUAAAAAGUAGGGAAAUACCCUGACGGGGCACAUUAAGUCCACAAAGGAGGAUGCAUCGGACCUGCGGCUAAAGCAGGCCCAGCAUGAUACAUCUCUAACCACUAUUCAAAAACCGCACCAGGCCAAGUCAAGGCCAUAUGGAUUCUCUGGAGACAGUGUUAGGUACUCAAACCUCAAGAUAGGAGGUCACUGCUGAGGAACCUCCUCAACAUGUAAGGUGUUUGAUUCUCACUAUACUGCCUCCUAAGAAAACCAAAGCUUUAAACAUUGAUAUAAUGUAUCACAAUGCUAAAUCACCUGCAGCCCCAUCUAAUGUUCCACAUGAUGUCAUUAUCUUUGCCACUUUCAAAGAUAAAAACAAAGUUAUGGCUUUGUUAAGGGAGAAAACUCUGUAUGCAUUUGAGUUAUCUAGUCUAACUUUCCUGCUUGAAUGCUGUUCCACACUUCACUUUAGACAAAACUCAAAACGGUUAUCCAACCCAACUCCUACAAGCAACAUGAAUCUGCUACUCUCGGGGGACCCCUAGAACCCUGCUGGGGGAACUUAAGAGCAUUACUCGCCAUGUACAGACACUUUAAUCUGCAGAUCUUUUCUUGCAUCAGCUGGACUUUCUUAUCCACCAAAAUGUUCUCAAGGAUUAACCUGGCACCCUGACAUAUAACGUGGACCCCAUAGUCCCCUUUAUGAAAAUGAAUGGACAUUCCUGAAGAAGCUUCAGUGGGUUACCCCCAAUCAUGGUUUUUAUGCCAAUGAGUUUUAUGGAUCCUGGAUUUACCCCUUAAAGUUGGUUUUUCUAUACCCCUGACCGUAGUGGUAUCUGUUCAAAAUUGAACUUAGUUUUGUUAUAAUGUGUUUAUAAUGUGUUUUCUUAUAAAAUGUUUACCUGUGCAUAUUUUUUGUGAUAUGUUUCAGACAGAAAAGAAUUUAAAAAAAAAAAAUGCUGUAAAUUAAUGACGGUUUUGUGUUUAUGUAAAUAAACCUGCUCAUGAGAUGUCUCUAAUCUUUUAUUGUUCAAUAGGGUUUAACACCACAACAAAUGUAGUUGUAUUAGCUGGAACAAACAGGCCAGAUAUUCUAGAUCCUGCCCUGAUGCGUCCUGGGCGAUUUGACAGGCAGAUCUACAUAGGUAAGUUGCAUGUUUUUGAUCAGGUAUUACAAAUAAUAUUAUAAAAGUGCAAAAUGAAUAGUAUUGUUUCUCAUUAAAGGUCCACCUGAUAUAAAAGGCAGAGCAUCUAUAUUCAAGGUUCACCUUCGGCCUUUGAGAAUGGAAAGCACCAUAGACAAAGAUAGCUUGGCUAGAAAAAUGGCAGCAUUAACACCAGGAUUCUCGGGUAAGAAUGUUGUGUAUUGUUAUAUAAUGAAAAUGAGAACAUAUUGAGGAUAUAAAAGGGACAAAAUUCUUUAAAUACAUAGUGAUUUUUCAAACUUUUAUAGUUGAUUGAGAUUUUUUUAAAGUGGAACGAAAAGCAAGUGAACAAAAGGGGGAUUUCAAAUUUAAGCUGGAAAGAUUCUUGAAGUAAACUAUGGUUCCAGUUUUGCCUUUUUGGCCUUUAUUUUUUAAAUUCACUUCCUGACAAUUGAAGUCCACAGUGAAAUUACCUUAUGACCUUUCCCUUUUCUUAUCUCUCAUUAUAACAAGCUCUUGCAAUUCAAAUGAUAUCUAAUUGCAAGAGCUUGUUAUAAUGACAUCUUUUGAAUGAGAAGAAACCUGCAGCAGGUGGUAGCUGUGAAGAAUGUCUCCUACAUAGAUUGGGCUGAGAGGUGUAGUUUGACUCUCCAUAUCUUGCCUGUUUAAAUUGUACAUAAUUCCCACAAAAUUAAAUGAAAAGGCAUCUUGCACUUCUAUACUCCGUCAAAAUAAGAAAACAUAACCUCUAUAAUUUAACUUAAAGACACGUGAUUGUUAUACAUUUUUUUUUUUUUUUUUUUUAAAUUCACAUUUUAUUGAAAAUUUCAAAGUGUAUAUAAACACCAUAUAACUGAAAAUAAAAGCGGUUACAAUUGAGAAUGCUCUUUAAAGUAAGAGUGUCUGCAGUUACUAGAGAUGCCUUGGUCUGCUUCUGAUCACGUCGGUUAUUUUUUUUAUCUACUGGAUAGCCAGCUUACAUAAAUUAGAAAUCAUAUAAUCAGUAAUGUAACAAUUUACCCUUUAUUUUUUUUAUUUAAAAAAAAAAAAAAAAAAAAUGAAAUCCUCUUGCCCAAGGAAAUGCAUUGAAAUGAUACACAGUGGGAGUGAUUUACAAACUAGAAAUGAAAACUAAAUUGCAGAAUUCAGUUGUGACUACCACUUGUUAGAACGUUUUUGUCCGUUAUUUUGGUCUACAUAUCUGUAAAGUUCACUGUUUAGUAAAUAAACCUCCGUUUUCCAUAUGCUUGUUAAUGAAAUACAUAUUAUUUGUUCCUACAAAGACCCCUGCAUGAAUUUCAUUGCUGUAUAUGUGAACUAAGACUCUUGUGAGAUUUUACUACUAUGUUAUAACUUAAUAUAAUUUGCAUUUUUAUUGCAUGUGUGGUUUUUGUUUGGGGGAGGGGGAGGGGAGAGGAGGGUGAUUGUUUUUUUUUUUUUUUUUUUUUUUUUUUUUUUUUUUUUCCCCAAAGCCAUAUGACCUUGAAAUCAUAACUGAAUCUGGAAUAUGAGUCAUACUAUUGUUCACUGCUCAGGUGCAGAUAUUGCGAACGUGUGUAAUGAAGCUGCCCUAAUUGCUGCAAGACACCUUUCUGAUGCCAUAAACCAAAAGCACUUUGAACAAGCCAUUGAAAGGGUUAUAGGAGGUAAGAAUUCUACACCUGUAGUAAAGGAACUUGCAAUGGAAGCGUAUUGAAAUGAAUGUGACUCUCUUUGACUAUUCUGCUAGGCAGGCUUAGUGAAUUUUUUUUCAAAAAAUUAAAGACUUUAAAUUUAGAAUUAUAAAUAAAAAUGGAAAUUACUCUUUUCUCCAUAAAGAAUGUCUUGCGUUAAAAAUGUUGUUUUUGGAAGAAUCUGGGAAGAGUUUAAUUAGAAUCUUAGUAAGGAGGGAUUUUCUGGUAAUCUCUCAGCAUUUUUGCAAUUAUAACUCCUUAAUCACCAGUCAUUUAAUUGAAAGAGAGAUUGGUUAUCCACUGGAUAAAUCAUGUAUAAACGCUCAUCUAUUACAACCUGGCAUGCAUGAUACCAGGAAGAACAAAGAGCUGUGUUUGAUAAAAUUAUUUUAACAUAUUAUUGAAGAGGUAAUACAAUACAAUAUUCAACUGGAACAAAAGAGGCCUUUCUAUUAUAAUUCUGGAGAGAGCCUUUGUUAUUCUUCAGUUUAGAAUAUAGCGCUAAAGGGAAACUAUAAGCUAGUAUUACAAAAUUUGUAUUCCUAGCACUAUAGUGCCCCUUUGCUUGCGCCCCCACAGCGCAGAAAGUAUUAAAAACCCUUAAUUCACUUACCUAAAUACAGUGCUGAUGGCUCUCGGAGCUGGGUCAAGCUCCUCCUCCCCCCGAUGGGGAGUUAAUGCUCACGCGAGCAGAGUGCCACGAUCGUAUUAAGACAUUCCCAUAAGAAAGCAUUGAAUAAAAGUGAUGACAUCUAGCGUCAGGUGACUAAAAGUCACCUAACAACCCAGAAGCGCAUUUAUUGGCUGUCUGGCAGACCGCAACUGUAGGUGGAGUUAACCCUGUAAUGUAAUUAUUGCAUUGUCUGAAUAACUGCAAUAAUUACAAUUUUUAACCUGCCAGGGACAGUGCACCCUAGACCACUUCAAUGAGCUGAAGUGCUCUGGGUGUCUAUAGUGUCCCUUUAAGGUUAAAAAUUAAACUGGUGCAGCUAGCAAUAAUGUACAAGUGUUCAAUCUAAAAACGUACUCUUUUUCAAGUAUCAUUCUGUUUGUUGAAAUAUUUUCUUGACCUUAUUUAUUGUGUUUUCAUCUAAUCCAGUGGUUCCCAUACCAGUCUUCAUGGUCCACCAACAAUCCAGGAUUUAUGUACCGUAUAUACUCGUGUAUAAGUCGAUCUCAUGUAUAAGUCGAGGGCAGUUUUGUGACCAACAAUUGUGAAAUAUGCUAUGCCUCGUGGAUAAGUCGAGGGUAAAACUUGGGACUAUGAAAUUCUGUGAUUUUAGAAUUAUAUACACACACACUCAUACAAACACACUCUGCAUUAUAUACACACACACUCAUAAACAAUCUGCAUUCUACACACACACACACACUCUGCAUUAUAUACACACAGAGUGUGUGCGUAUAUAAUGCAGAGUAUGUGUGUUUGUAUGAGUGUGUGUGUAGAAUGCAGAUUGUUUAUGAGUGUGUGUGUAUAUAAUGCAGAGUAUGUGUGUUUGUAUGAGUGUGUGUGUAGAAUGCAGAUUGUUUAUGAGUGUGUGUGUAUAUAAUGCAGAGUGUGUGUUUGUAUGAGUGUGUGUGUAUAUAAUGCAGAGUGUGUUUGUAUGAGUGUGUGUGUAUAUAAUGCAGAGUGUGUGUUUGUAUGAGUGUGUGUGUAUAUAAUGCAGAGUGUGUUUGUAUGAGUGUGUGUGUAUAUAAUGCAGAGUGUGUGUUUGUAUGAGUGUGUGUUUGUGUGUGUGUGAACUGGGUGGAAGGAGGGCAUUUAUUAUAUUAUUAUUAUAAAUUUUUUUAUUUUAAUAUUGUAAGUUUUUUUCUUUUCUUUUAUUUGAAUAUUUAAGGUUUUUAUUUUUUAAUAUUAAGUUUUUUCUUUUCUUUUAUUUGAAUAUUUAAGUUUUUUAUUUUUUAAUAUUAAGUUUUUUCUUUUAUUUUAUUUGAAUAUUUAAGGUUUUUAUUUUUUAUUAUUAAUUUUUUUCUUUUCUUUUAUUUGAAUAUUUAAGUUUUUUUUAUUUUAAUAUUUUAAUUUUUUUUAUUUUAAUAGUUUUUAUUGUAUUUUUUUUUGUAUUUUUAAUUUAAUUUUUGUCCCCCCUCCCUGCUUGUUAGCUGGCCAGGGAAGGGGGCUCUCACUCCCUGGUGGUCCAGUGGAUGGGCUGUGCAGGAGGAGGGGGCUGACAGUGAGAGGUUACUUACCUUCCUGCAGCUCCCUUCUCCUCCGUGCAGCUCUUCUGACAGCUCCCACUGGAAGUCUCGCGAGACUUCCAGUGGGAGCUGUCAGAAGAGCUGCACGGAGGAGAAGGGAGCUGACAGUAGCUGCAGGAAGGUAAGUAACCUCUCACUGUCAGCCCCCAACAGGACCGCCGGGCUUGUAAUGAGCCGGCGGUCCUUGUCUGUAUUAUGGCAAUGUAAAUUGCCAUAAUACAGACAUUAACUCGAGUAUAAGUCGAGUGGGGGUUUUUCAGCACAAAAAAUGUGCUGAAAAACUCGACUUAUACUCGAGUAUAUACGGUAUUUACUUUUUUAUUUUAUUUUUUUGUAAAAAUGUCAAUAAAAAUAUUUCUCCAUUUGCAACAUUGGGGCUAACAAAGGAAUCAAGGCACAUUUUUAAUAUGAUCCAUGGGAUCCUUAGCGGCUGCACGUAAAAGUAUAUUGCAUCAGUAGACUUGACCAUCCCCCACACCCCAUGUAUUCUUGCUUAAAAACAAAUCUCCCAUUCCUUUUCCAUAUGGACUAGAUAGAAGCCUUAUUAAAUAAAAGUACAUUGCGGAAAUUAUUCUUUCUCACCUGGCAACCUUGACACUCUUCUUUUAUAAUGGAUGUCCCUAGUGACCCAAGCAACAGCCAUUUUAUUGAAUCUUUGGUAUUAAAAUAUUCUAUUUUUCACUUCUGAGGGAGGAGCUAAAGGGAGUGGAUGCAGACACAGGAGCUCUGUGUAGAGCUGUCCUAGAAACUGCCUUGAAAGAUCUUCCUGAGCCCCCUAAAGCUUUCACCCCAACAGUUGUCAGUAGGCACUCCCUGACACCAUUGGGAUUGUUUUUUACCAGCACACUAUUGUCACGCUCUAUACUGGAUAAAAGGAAUGGGGAGAAGACACGGCAUUACACCUAGAAGCACAACUUUGUCCUGAUGUGGCGCACUCUCUAUUGCUACACUCCCAAUAUGCCUCCCUCCCAGAGGAAGCAUGUGAAAAUCCUUUACUAGCAUCCAUUAAAAAAACGUGGAGAUUGGUGAGACAGCUCCUAGGACUCCAAUGGCAAUACAUCAGAUAUAUUACCUUCUUAUGUAAUCCUCAGACCUUUAUCACUGCUUUUGGGGAUGUGUGGGGAUUGAAAAAAAAAAAAACUCUAGAGAUAAGUUAAAAAUUUUAUAAAGAGACUAACGAGUAAAUUCAUAUUUCUCCAUUUGCAACAUUGGGGCUAACAAAGGAAUCAAGAAUCAAGGCGCAUUUUUAAUUUGAUCCAUGGGAUCCUGGCUGCUGCACGUAAAAGUAUAUUGCAUCAGUAGAUCUGCCCCCCUUCCCUGCCCAUCCCCCACGCCCCAUGUAUUCUUGCUUAAAAACAAAUCUCCUAUUCCUAUUCCAUAUGGACUAGAUAGAAGCCUUAUUAAAUAAAAGUACAUUGCAGAAAUUAUUCUUUCUCACCAGGCAACCUUAGAUCAACUCAUUAGACAGAUCUAUCCAGUCCAAAAUGAAAUUCACUUUUGAAUGUAAAGAUUGGUACUUUACCUGGGAUUAAAACGGGCAAAACCCACCAUAAUAUAAUACAAAUCGUUUCAAACUGGCACCCCAAAUUUUGUUUCCCAUGAUGUUGCGUCAACUUUAUUGCUUCAAGGCUGCAGAUUUCAUCAUUCACACAUGAUUGGUUAAAGAGAGCAUGCUUAGUUCAGUUUUGAUUUAAUGUUAUGUUGUUUUUAAAGUCUCUUUUUAUUAUUUUAAAUUUCUCCAAAAAUGUCAUGCAAGACAUGACUCAUGACAAUGAAAGAGCCAAAAUAUUCCUUUUUAUACCAUAGGAAAAGGAAGAGCAUUUGGCAAGAUCUGUAUUUGUAAAGGAAAGCCCAAAGGAAUAAUUUUAGCAUUUUGUCAUUUCCAGGCUCCUCGUUGGCAUUUGCAUUUUUGGAUUGUAAUUAAAAAAAUAAAUGUGAUGCGUGCAUUUCUGUAGGUUUGGAAAAGAAAACUCAGGUCCUACAACCAGAAGAAAAGAAGACAGUAGCUUUCCAUGAAGCUGGACAUGCAGUCGCAGGAUGGUUCUUGGAACAUGCAGAUCCUCUCUUGAAGGUAAAAUGAUCUUGAGGCAAAACAUAUCUGGAUAGAAUGUUAAUAUACUCCUACCAACCAGACUCAGGAUUCCUGUUCCACAGCUAUUGUGUUUUAAACUUCUAAUCUCACACAUGGCAUGCUAUAUAUACAUAGUAUAGAUACAGGUAGUAGAAAAUGAGUAGCAAGAGUUGCUGUGUUCAUAGCCGUAUAAUAGCUAUGCAUUAAUACGUGUUAUUUUCUGACUUAGUUUGCGGUUUGUAGUAUGAACUAUGUUUUUGCCCUCUUAGGUGAUCUAUUUGGCUAUCUUAUAUGGUCAGAGGUUUCUUUGUGAGAUCUUGAGCAACAAAAAUGUGCAAAAUUAUCACAUAUUCUUUGAAAGGGCUCAGUGUACUUCUACUGUCUGAGUUCCUGUGACACCCUAAUAAAAUGCAGAACAUGUACAGUGGGUUUUAUUUUCAGUUUUGUUUUUUUGUUUUUUAAAUGUACAGACAUGGUGAUACAGGCAAUUUAAGUAAUAAGAGCACACAUUUCAGAUGUGCAAUUAAACAAUAGAAAAGCUGUAUCUAUUAUACCUAUUGUAGUUGUACAUGUUACACCUUAAGCAGAGCCUGGGUCCCAAACAGAACAUUAUCUCCCAGGACUCUCAGCUACCAAGACAAACUACAGCCUUAAGCAGGGGUAGCUCUUUUGGAUGGUCUACCUAAGAAUACCUGCAGCACUUAUUUUAUUCUUCUAUUUCUUAGUUUCUCUUUUUACUUCUCUCCCCUACAAUAUUACUGCUUAAUUAUUAACUAUGUACCUUCCAUGCUCAACCCUUGUUUUGAUCAUUGUUUAUUUUGUUAGUAUUGUGCCAAUAGUCUUGUCAAUUUAUGUCCACCAUUUAUGACCUACCCCUAAUUUUGUUAGUUGAGUUAUUGUGCCGAUAGUCAUGCUAAUUUAUGUUCACCAUUUAUGACUUACCCUUAUAUCUUUAAAUCUCAAAUGCUUUCUCCUUUAUUUUUCUCUUCUCAUUAAUUUCAAUUUCUCACCUCAAUCUGUGUCUUCCCCAUCCUUUCUUGCAAACUGGGUCCCAAACAGAACAUUAGCUCCCAGGAUUCACAGCUACCAAGACAGGCUACAGCCUUAAGCAGAGGUAGCUCUUUUGGAUGGCUUUCUGCCCAUUCCUCCCCACACCACCCCAACGAACACACUACAUUUAUACAUAGCACAAAUUACCUGACUUUCCAAACACACUAAUUAUGUCUCUCAAACCCUCAUCACCUGCUCAAUUAUCACACUCCCGAACUGCAACUCCUGAUCCAUCUCAUCUCUCAUCUCUCAUGUGACUUUAAGAUCCCACCUCAGCUAAUUUUGCAUAACUAAAAAUCCUAAUUUUCCUUCUUUAUAAUAGAAACUCCUUAAUUCUCCUUAAUGAAUGCUCUCCCUUAUAUUCUUUACUUUCACUCUCCCCUCUUUAAUGAGCAAAAUCUCUUUAUCCUUCUGCUCACCUGUCCCUGCUUACACCAUUUUCAUUGCUCCCACUUUACUUCCCUCUCUUUUCAUCCCAUGCACUUUACUUACACCUUUCUAGCCUAUCUCCACCAACCCUUUCUAAGACCUGUAAAUACAAACCCUCUUAGAAAACCUUUAUAUCCUAUUCAUUCUGCUCCUAGCAGCUGGUGACGUCUCUACAAAUCCCAGUCCCACCUCCGCUAACACACCACGUGCUAACUCCAGGAAUCACAAUAAUCUCAUACUCCUAAUUCUUGGGGACUUCAACAUCCCCAUUGACCUGCCCUUGUCCUCAGUAGACUCAAAACUACUUUCAAUGACUCCUGCCCUUGGGCUAUCGCAGUGGGCUAAGGCCCCCACCCAUGUAGCUGGCAAUAUCCUUGAUCUUAUUUUCUCUCAUGAAUGUACAAUCUCUAAUCUCUGCAAAACUCAGUUUCCUCUCUCAGAUCACCACCUCGUAUCAUUUGCUCUCAAUAGCCUCUUACCCGAUCAUCCUCAACCUAACCCCGCUGAACUAGGAAGAAAUCUUAAUUAUAUUGACCUCCAGCAGCUAUCCGCUAAUAUUGAUUCCCAACUUCUAUCCAUCCCUACUUUCUCUUGUCCUUUACCUGCUAUCUCCUCAUAUAACUCUACCCUCACCUCUGCCCUGGACGCUGCAGCCCAGCUCCAAACAUGCACCUUGAGGAGAACAUGCCUCCAACCGUGGCACACUAAAUCAACACGCUACCUGCAAAGAUGCUCCCAUUCUGCUGACCGCUGCUGGAGGAAGUCACGCACCAAGUCGGACUUCCUCUACUACAAAAUCAUGUUGCGUUCAUACAGCACAUCCCUUGCCCUUGACAAACAGUCAUACUUUUCCUCCCUAGUUAGCUCAUGCUCCCAGGCGUCUUUUUAAUACCUUUAGCUCCCUUCUUUGCCCUGCUGUUGCCAUCCCCCAAACUAACCUUACAGCCGAUAGCUUUGGAUGCUACUUUGCCAACAAGAUUGAACAGCUAAGCAAAUACUUCUCCCCACCUUGCCCCCUCUAUCUCUCAACCACACCUGGCUCAUGCCUUUCCUACCCUUCAGAGUUCUCCCAAACUACUGAACAAGAGGUGACUGCGUUUCUCCUUUCCACUCCCCCCACAACUUGCCUGCUUGAUCCUGUCCCAUCUAACUCUAUCAGAUCUCUCUGCUUUUGUCUUGUGCCAUUCUUAACACAUCUUCAACUGGUCUCUCUCUUCUGACGUUGUCCCUACUGCCCUUAAACAUGCUACUGUAGUACCCAUCUAAAAAAAAUAAAAAAUAAAAAUCCAAAGGGCACUACUCCAUACUAAUUCUUCUUGACCUCUCUGCUGCCUUUGACACUGUUGACCAUGUUCUCUUUCUCCAAACUCUUCAAUCACUUGGUCUCUGUGACACUGUCCUCUCUUGGUUUUCCUCCUAUCUCUCCCAACUUUCAUUCAGUAUCUCCUUUUCUAAUGAUACGUCCUCCCUUUGUACUGUCUCGGUUGGAGUCCCCCAAGGCUCUGUACUUGGCCCCCUUCUAUUUUAUCUUUUUACUGCUUCUCUUGGCAAACUUAUUACCUCAUUUGGAUUCUAAUACCACCUGUAUGCUGAUGACACUCAGCUAUACCUCUCCUCCCCGGACCUCUUCCCUGCCGUCCUGCAAUGUGUCACUGCUUGCCUUUCUUCCAUCUCUGACUGGAUGUCCUCCUGCUUUUUGAAACUCAAUUUCUCUAAAACUGAACUCCAUGUCUUUCCUCUUCUUCACUCUCCCUUCAAGUUAGUGGUACCCUCAUCAGUCCAUCCUUGCAAGCAUGCUGGCCUAAUAUCUGCCAUUAGUGCACUUUGGUUUCAUUUUUUUGAAUGGGUAUUGGGGUCUCUAGAGAUCAAAAUCCUCUGAGCUCGGUAAUAAUGGAUAUAGGCUUCUCUUCAUCUUCAGUAGAUUCUGAGAGGUCUUCUCUCACAGUAGCCACUGCAGGCUUUGGCCUGUUAAUCUGAGUGAGCAAUUGUUUAUUAAUUGAGGAUGGUGCUUCAAGACCAUUCCAUGCUGCUGUCAACCUCAUUCCCUCGCCUUUAUAGAGUAAUCUGGCAUCCUCUUGUGGAUAAUAUCCGCUGUGGAUGGGGUCUCAAGCGGCCAAUAUUAGGUGAAUUAAAACCACCAUGCUCAGAGCUGCAGAAUAUCAUGUCUAAGCAGCUCGAUGGUCUGGAUCCUCCCCUGUAUAAAAAAAAAUUUCUGCUAGAUCUGCAUGGUCAAGACCACCAGAUAGAAUCAAUUUGUAGCACAUUUACCUGUAACAUGAUAUGUUAUGUUUAAUACUGUUCAGUAUCUGUUUUAGGUUAAUUGUUGCAAAGUUUGGAUUGAAUCUAAAAAAGCGAGCUGUUUGGAGUAAAUAUGCAAAUACUGUAUUGCUUUAUACUUCCUGUUUACCUCUGACCUGGAUGUAGCUCUAUAGUCUAACAGGAUUCCUCAAACUAAAAGCUUGUAGUGUCUUCAUUGUUAUAACUGAAUCACUAUGCUUGUACCUGUAGUUAAAUACACUACUACCCAAUAAUUUUAGUGUUUGUGUUCCGUGUAGAUUAUAGUCAAUCUUUAUUAACCCUUUGGCCUGAGCUUUUAAAUUCCUACAUUUGACCUGUGUAUAUGCAGCAUUUCCAGCAAGCCCGUCCUUCAUCUGGAAACUUCCUAAAAGGUGUGUGUUGUCUGGGCACACUUGUUCCAGACCACUGAAAUUUCCCUCUGUGUACCCCAAGAAGGUGAAAAUUAUGUAUAGUUUAAUAACUUUUCACCUACACAUUUGCUUGUAAUUUGGCUUGAACAGUGUAUGAACAAAAUAUUAUGCCAAUCAUUUUAAGCAUGACUUGGUGCACAUUGGGGCUGUUGAGGCAUCAACACAUGUUGGGUGCAAUGUGUAAGUUAAGUUACAGUUAACCCUCAUUUAUUUGCUUUGUUCCCAGAACUGUUCGACUGGUCAAGAAUUGGGAUGUGCUAAAUAGCACUUAAAUUUUCCAACGUAUAUUUUAAAAACAUAUCGGUUUGUAUAUUUUGGAUAACUAGUCGUGACAUGGAACAUGUGUGAUUAAUUUCUGUAAUUAAAUUUGAUGUUGUAUUUCCAGGUUUCCAUCAUCCCACGGGGGAAGGGACUUGGUUAUGCACAGUACCUGCCUAAGGAGCAAUAUCUGUACACUAAAGAGCAACUUCUGGAUAGAAUGUGCAUGACACUGGGAGGACGGGUCUCAGAGCAGAUAUUCUUUGGGAGAAUUACAACUGGUGCACAAGAUGAUCUGAAGAAAGUAACACAAAGUGCUUAUGCCCAGGUAUGUACUUUAAUGUAUUUCCAUACACAAAUAAAGCAAAACCGGUUUGAGUCUGCUUUUCUAAUUUUAAUGUUGAUUGGUGUAUUACUGAGUAUCAUUGAUUUUAAUGAACUCACAGGCUGAACCAUGCCAACAUAUGCAUAAUAGUGCAACCCUUCUGGUUUUAGAAAACAUGUUUGUACCUUUUGCCCAUGUAUUUCAUUGUGAUCUGAUAUUGAUUGCUUUUUAGAUCAAUGUGGAGGUAACUGAGAAAUGAACUUGUCAUAGGAAGCAUUGCUAUAACGUGCAGUGAGGAGGAUCUUUUUAGUAUGUUGGCUGAUACAUAGGCAUGACUAGAUUUAGAUUGGGUGAUUGCCCAUCCAGUAAUACGGACCAGGCACAAGAAAUUUCUGUCCCUGUAACACAUCUCAUCUGUAGGCAAGCGUGCCUCUGUUGAACUCAAUGCUUGCAUAAGGGUGUUUCUGUUGUGAUUAGGUACCUGUAGUUCUUAAAUCACAGUUUAUUUCCCGAGUACCAUUCAUGCUUAAGAAGCUCCUUAGAUCUACAUCUGCCUGGCAUUAUGUGCAUCCUCAAACUCUCGGUAUUUUUUAAAAAUUUUUAUUGCUGGUUGGUUCCAUCUUGUUGGUCCGUUACCAUAAUUCAAGCUGUAACCGGUCAAGAUGACAUUCUGCACUGCUUCUCUACAUGGAUUUAUAGGGAUUAUUUAAAAGGUAUGCUAAAAUGUGGAUUGGUGUUACAAUAGUACACCUCCUGUCUAGCGCAGACUGCACAGUUAUCAUACACAUUCUUUGUGUAAGCAUUUAGAACUUACUGAACCUGUCAUGACACUAAUAGGUUGCUUGUCCAUUGUAAAAAUCUAUAUGGCUACUAUACCUAUAGGUUACUGAUAGGAUAAAAUCAUAUAACCAAUCAGCCAUAAAAUUGGGAGUUGAUUUGAAACCUCAGAGAAUCACUGGGGAAGAAUUAUAGCCCAAACAGUCACUUAGUAUUCUGAAUACUUUGUGUUAUGAAAGUGGUUUAAACUAAAUCACCUCUUGACAAUUUGCGAUCUAAUUUGCUGUAAGUUGUAAGAAAAAAAUAAAAUGUUAAAAAGUAGGUUACUGUAGUCCCCAAUAUCUUUUUCUCACAUUAAGUAGUAACACAACUGAUUUUCAAAUGCAUCAUAAUGCUACACACAUGUAUUGCUGGACAUAUUGUAAAAAGCAUAUAGUUUUAGGUGACAGAGACGAUUUCUGUGCAUCAUAUCCAUACAUUUUUGGGGGAUUUUUUUCCCCUCCAUGCUCAACUAAAUAUUUCAGGCUGCUUCUAUGCACCUUAAAAGUGCAAAAUGUUCCGUAUCUAAAGGCUUUUUUGAUCUGUAGUGCCAUCCAAGAGAAGUCAGACAUUAAUGCAACCCAUUGCAACUUUUAUCCUCGUCAGAUUGUCCAGUUUGGCAUGAAUGAAAAAGUUGGACAAGUAUCCUUCGACCUUCCGCGCCAAGGAGAUAUGGUACUGGAAAAGCCUUAUAGUGAGGCAACAGCAAGAAUGAUCGACGAUGAAGUUAGGCUACUUAUCAAUACUGCUUAUGAGAGAACACUCGAGCUCCUUACAGAAAAGAAGGCUGAAGUUGAAAAGGUGAGGGUGCAUUUAUAUAAUAUUUUUGUUUAUAUGUUAAUCUAUUCAUUAUUUUCCUUUCCCAACAACAGGUGAUGUCAGAACUACUACAGAGCUGCUGUUGUUAUUAUUGGUAUUUAAAAGCGCCAACAUAUUCUGCAGCUCUGAGUUGGCUCCUCUCACAACUGCCAUUAGACCGAACUUCCUCCUAAACACACAAGGCUCCUUAACCCAUCCAUAUCACAAUCUAGUAACAAGACACAAUAGAAACAAUGCCAGUGUCCUGGAGCAUAAUUUCGCAAUGUGGACUUCCCAGCAUGACUGGCAAACCUCUGAUGGCAGGACUUGCCAUGCAAUGACACAUAAAAGGAAUCUGUGAAACAGGAUGGAGUCUUUUAACCAUCAUGACAUUUCUCACUUGACUCUAACUGAGAUCACAUUCUGCAGUAACAUGCUCCUCUGUAAUAACUGAGGAAGCAUUUCAAGCAAAUGUUUAAAUAACAUCAAGCCUGUCAGAUUUAUAGUCUAUGACAGACACACCCCAAAAGGCUUGUGGAGUGUUUCCAGUCUCUUUCCAUAUUUUCCUUUAACCUUGCACUCCCUUUAAAAAAAAAUUCCACUAUUCCAACUGCCAAUGUCACCCUGCUCCAAGAAAAAUCACUUGCCAGAUUGGAGUCAGCAGGCUUUUCUUUUGAUUGAUCAUCCAGCCAUGCUUCAGCAAAACAGAUGAUGUCUGUCUGAAAUUUGCCAAAACCAGCACAUCCUCCAGUUAGUGAAAAAUCGGAAUUCCAAUCAGCUUUAUCUUUGCACAGGAGUGAUGUUAACUUACCACACACUCAUAUACACUGCCCAAAUUAUGCCAUCCAAACGGAAAGAGAGACAGACCGGUAUGGGUCCAGGAAAGGAGGUCAUGCAAGACGUAACUCCAUCUUGCCCAUCUUUAUCUGCUACCAUAUAGAGUUACAGCAAAUGCUCCCUGGCCCAGGAGAUUCUGUGGAUGGUAACCAUUUGAGAGAUGCAAUAUACUGCAGCUUUCAUGGGAAGAGUGAUUAAACUCCUCCAAGCCAAAGGACCUGAAGAGACCCCAUAAGCUGCCUUAAAAGAGGAGAGGGGAAACUAUUGAAGCCUUACACCUGUACAGGGAGUGUGGACAAAAAGAAAGACUAUGGUAUAGAGGGGUUAUGGGGCCAUUAUGACAUUAGAGUGAAGUUCUCUCCAGUGAGAGUUGUGGUAAGGAACUAACCCUGGAGUAGUGAGUAUUUUUUCAUAAAAUUAAUUUGUAUUGUGGUAAAAUAAAUUUGCAUUGUAUUAAUGUACACCCAGAUAAUGUGUAAUUAUUUUCCAAUGUUCAUGCUAUACUAAACUGACUGAACAGUUUGGACUCUUUGACAAAAUUUAGUUUUAACAGCCUCUUAACCCUUUAAAUGCACUAGUUAUUUUCUUUCCUAAAUGCAAAUCUAAGCAUCUGAUUUGGGCCCUAGUGUCUGUGUUUGGUUUUUUGGUGUACUGAGCCUGCAUUGUGGCUUGUUUGCAGUAUAAUACUCUCAUUUAAUCAGACACUUGUCAUUUUGUAGAUCGCUCUUCGGCUUUUGGACAAGGAAGUCCUUGGUAAAAGUGAUAUGGUGGAGCUACUGGGCCCCAGACCAUUUGCUGAGAAGUCUACUUACGAAGAGUUUGUGGAAGGCACUGGAGGCCUGGAGGAAGAUACCUCCCUUCCUGAAGGUCUGAAAGACUGGAACGUAGACCGUGAGAAGGAGAAAGAAGAAUCUUCAGAUGAGCAGAUUGCCAGGCAUAUAAGUGGAAAGAUGCCAUUUUGAUUACUUUUUGACACUGGACAAAAGACACUUUAUUUUCAUAGGAAUUUGGAGCACUUUUUAAAUAAAAUGUAUUUCUCCUGAAAUCUCGACUGUAUACAUAUAUGUGUAUGUGUUUUCCACACAAGUAUGAAAGACUCUGCAUUAUUAGUGUCCAAAAGAAAAUGAACCCUUUCAGAAUGUAGCGCCAUAUGACGCAACCACUUCACCUCGAUCUUAUGUGUACUAUAUAGUAUUUGGGAUGGUGGCUUGUGGGUAAAUUAAAAGCUUAUUUUCCCCCCAUAUCAUAUUUAAAACGUUAAUUCAUAUCUCAAAAUGUAGUUGUGCUUAUAAAUACAAUUGCGUUUAACUUUUUCAUGUCCCCUCAUAUUCUUUAAUAUGCAAAAGAAUAGAGAUCAGAUUUCAAAAUGUAAUACUUAUACAAAUAUUUAAACUAGUAACCCAUAAAUCUUGAACUAAAGUAUAACCAGGUACAGUUAAAGGAGGAACUGAAAAGGGUAAGAAACAAUUAAAAUAAAUUACAUUAAUAUUACAAUAACUUAAAGGAAAAGCAAUAAAGUUUUUUUAUUUAUUUAUUACAUAUAGAUAUUCAUAUUUAAAGAAAAACUAGUAACAAAUCCACACUAUCUUGACAAAUUGCCUAAUAACCUUUAGGUUUCCAGAGACUAGUGGCAUGAAAAGGCUACCAUCCCAUCUUUUACUUUAUCACUAUUAACCAAUCUGAAGCAUGCAAUGAAAAAAACCAAACAGAUUAAAGCUGCACAGGUAUAUUCCAAAUAUAGUUUGGUUUUUUUGUUUUUUUAAACCCAAGCUCUGUACUCCAGCAGUGUUCCAGGCUCCCUGUCCUGCCGCUUUCUGAAAUUCUUCAUAAUGGAAAGCUCAGCAGUGGUGCAGCUGACUGGCUUAGAUCAUCAGCUGAUUGCUCUACGUCAAUCAGUGGAAAUCCUGUUCAAUUCUCCAAAUUUCCUGGGUCAGAGCGGAACAGUGCUGGAGAACAGUCUUGGCGGUUAAACAGAUUGUGAUUGGUUUAACUUUUGAUAAAGUUGUUAUGGUGCCCAGAGUGUUCCUUGAAUGGGAGACUCCACUGCCUAAAUAACUUUUUUUUUUUUUAAAUCACUGUAUGGUACAUAUAGCCAAAAUAAAAAUAUGCAUAGGUUUAAUUAUUCAUUUUGGGGUAUUUCCCUGCAGAUCUUUGUAAGCCCUCCUCCCUCUACACAGCCCUGAGAAUCUCCAAUCACAGGCUUUCCAUGUCAAUGAGAAGUCUUUAGGCUACAGUUUCUACUCAAAUAUUUAUGUAAAAUGAAAAAAAAAAAACUGUUCACAAAUAAAGCACUUCAGCAAGCUUGGAGUCCUUGAUGGGUCUGGAGUGUUCCUUUACGUUAAAGAUUUACUGGAUACAAACUUGUACAACUACUAGUUCAGGUAUCAUAGUUCAUACAUUGAAUAUGUGUAUUGAAAGCGUUGGUUUUGGGAAGUGUUCAACUUUUGUUUUCUUUAUAUUUUGGUGUGUUGGCUCAGGACAUCAGUACUAGGAGGGGAGGUCACUAAUGUGAAAAUUAUCAGGUAUUCAAAUUGAAUUUCAAAUCUAAGGACAAAAUGGAUAAAUUCUCCAAAAUCAGCAAUUUUGGCCUAAAGCUUGAAAUUCACUUAGAAGUUCCAACAAUUCUCACUUUAGUGAAUAACCCUGUUUGAGUGUCUGUUUAUGUGCGGUCACAUAUAUCUUUAAUAUAUUUUAAUUGAAGUGUUACAUUACGAUUUCCUUGUGUAUAUUUAUUGUGGGCAUUUGCAUGGAAAGUACAUGAUGUGUCUGUCCGCCACCAAAACACCUUUUUGUGUCCUAAAACAAGAGUUAAGCACUUCCUUGUAUGUAUAAAGUCCUGAAAGUGACACCUUUUCUGUAUUAUAUCUUUGUGUUGUGUCUCAGGGUAUCUGCCAUUGAGAAUCUUUCAAGUCACAGUACAGAAUUUAUUGACAUUUAUAGUCCAAUAAUAUGAUGGUGGAUCAUGCAAAGGAGUAUAGAGUCGACUAAAUCUGCAGGAGAGACAGAGAGUAGGUCCUUGUGACCGAACACUAGGACAGUUGAGAAAUAUCUGUUCUCCCCCAAUAGCCUAUACCUGCAAUUAUUACUAAUGUACUUGCAGUCACUUAUGUAAUUGGAAUAUCAGUAUUGAGUUAUUGGCGACUGCAUAUACCUGGUUACAGAAUCAUAUUUAAAAAAAAAUAAAAAAAAUCUGCACUUAAUAAUUGCAUAACAAAUGCUUGAUGAAAUUCAAAAGUGUGCAUGAGUAAAGUGGUUCCGACAAAGCUACCAUUGGAGACAGAAGCGUUUUAUAUAUGUGGUGGGGACGGGGGUGUUUUGUUUGUUUCACCAAGUAUUUGCUGAUGAUCUUAAGGCCCUUUUCUGAAUUUAUGUAACUUUUUUGACAUGUGACACUCAAGUAGUUGAUUUUCUCUUGGAUGCUUCUACCCAUGUAUAUGUUAUAGUUUUAAUUUGUACAUGAAAGAUAAAUCUGAACAAUAUGAACUAUUUUACAACUAAAAAUAUGUAUUCCAGAUCCUGCACCUUUUUUUUAUUUUUAUAUCUGCGUUUUUCCAGUGUUAAUUAUAAUGGGAUUAUUGUUCCAGUCUAAAUCCUCUGCCUCCAAAAAAAAAUAAGAGCAGAUUAAAAUGUGACAUAACUGUCUGCCUUUAAAACAAUGAGCUUUUAUCAUUCGUUACUUUUUCAUUGCUCUUGAUCUAAUUUGCUGCUAGAGAUAAUACGAAUUUCUAUCUUAAGUGGAAACUCCUGUGCAGACAUGUCUGAAGGAAAGUAAUUAUUUGGUUAAUAUUGUAAGAAAUUUUGAAAUGUUUUAUAAAAGAAGCUUUACGCAUGUUUCUAAAAAAGUUGAUUCCACAAUCCUGAAUGUAUUGUUUUGUAUAAAUAUUUUGUUAAACUAUUAAAUUAAAUAAGUCUUCAUUCUGUUUUGGUUGACAA